AGAUCCACUGGGUAUGACAUUAUCUUAACCAUCACACUCUCUAAACUGGUCUCAGUUUUUCACUCUUUCAAAUGAUGUCUGUUAUGAAAGUAAGUCUUGGUACUGUCUACUAGAACUGCCAACUAAAAGAUUUACAGUAAAUCCCCUCACUUUGGCAGAAGGGGUACUGAGGUGAUUGAACCUGAGACUGUCCGAGGGAUUUCCCCUUUGUUACUCAACUCUAGACAGUUUGACAGUUAUACUACUGCCUCAUUCUUUCCUAAAGUUGCCUCUUUUUUUUCUCAGAAAUGCAACCACAUUCAUUUACUCUAAGGCUAAAAGUUUGUCAACUAGCCUCUAGCUUGUCUUGCUUGGGUAUAGGUAUGGUAAAUUCAUAAUUAUAUAUUUACCAUACAAUACAAAGUUACCCAUAUAACCCACAACUUUGUCAAGAAUCAACACAUGGCAUUAUAUCAAUUGAUGGAUGGAGACGGAUUUUAGCCUCACACAUCAAGACAGCAUAUUUAUGCCCCUGAAAUGUCUGGUCUUUAAUGAAAAUAUUGCAGAGGUGUGGUGGUAGGAGUAAGAUAUUACACCACUGAGUUAGGUGACUCCAGAGGUAGGAACAGACACCUAAUGGGUACGAGUGUAUGGAAGCAUGUCUGAAGUUCUAGACCUGUACACCAAGGUGGAUUGGUUUGGUGUAGCCAGGUUAUACAGCACCUAUUCAAUACUAGUAUGUUUGCACUGUUUAGCAGAUAAAACAUGAGCAUAUGUUCUCAGAAGGUGUCCUGAUAUAUCCUUUGGUUACUUAUUUUAUAAUUCCUGCAUCUUUUUUGUGGAUUUAUGUAUUUGACUUGAAUGUUUAGAUUUGUUCAAGAUGCCAAGGCCGACUUAAGGGACAGUUUUAUAAUUUCAGAUUUUCACAUUUUACAAUGCAGUGAAAGGUUAUUUCGUUGCUGCCUCAGUUCCCCAAUGAAAACAUUAAGCAUAGAGUGUCAGUUUUAUGGUAAUCACAGGUCCAAGUCUGCUUUACUCAAUUUUUAUUCUGGCUUUGUUUCACUGGUUUUACAAAUCAUUGGUUUCUGCAUAACAUUCUUCUGAUCUUUAGUUGUUGUUUCACAGUCCUGUAAGGUUAUAUUACGUGAUACGAAUCCAUUAACUCCUAGUUCUACACAAAUUUGUAACACAAGCUCAACACAAGCCUCUGUAUUGAAAACUUUACUCACUAAGCUUAUUUUCCACAAGCUUCUGAAACAGAUACUUGUGUUACCUUAGCCUUUGUCACUUGAGUUUCUGUUCCUUUUAUCCCUGUUCUACUAGCUUUUGUUCUGUUUGCCUCCAUUUCAUUAGCUUCUGUAACGCAGGCUUCAGAUCUGUUCGCUAAAGAAACACAGCUUGAUAUCAUACAAACACUCAAGCCCUUGUUCCUUUAACUUUAGCAUGUGUUUGUUCUGUUUGCUUCAGUUAAACCUGCUCUUAUCUCUGUCUUUGUCUAUGAAUUAUAUUUUACCGUGGUUAUAUUUCUCAUGCUUCCUCACCAACAGCUUCAGUGCUCUCAUUGUAUUUACUUUAGUUUGCAUUGUCAGAGUUUUUGUCAGCUUAACUUUAAGUGCUCCAAACUUUCAUUACAUUACUGUCCAGCACUUAAUGUUAAAUUAUUGUUGUGUGAAAAGUGCAUUAUAAGUAAAAUCUGAUUGAUUUUUCAAUGUCUUUCAACACUGGCCACAACAUGUUUUUAUCUAAUACCUAAAUGUUUUUUUUCUGCUGAAAAAUAUUCACUGAGUGUCUUUGUUGUUAGCAGCUGUUCAAUCAGUCACUUUUUCAUUUACUGUGUUUCAGUCAGACAGACAAUCAACAAUGACAGUCAAUAACUCCACAAACUUCUGCUCAAUAACCACACUCUCUGUUAUCUCUUGUCUGCUGGCUUCUGAUCUGAUAACUUUGCCUCGCCUGAUUUCUGAUUGUGAUUGAUUUUGGUGUCCUUUGAUGGCAGAAUCUGCUCUUUUGCUUGGGUUUAGAGUUCACACCCUGAGAUUAAAAAAAGGAAAAAAGAUAUUUUGGGACCAAACAGGGAUGAUGGUGUCAGCGCCUCAUUUUUUUUAACUCAUCACAAAUGUUAUGUGCAAACAUGUUAAUCCAUCACUGUACAAUGCUGUGCAAAUUCUACUGGUGACCUCAGCUCCAAGCCCGGUGGUCCAGAUACAAAUUCCUUUGUUUUAAAACAGUGACUGGAAAUCUAUCUUUUGAACACCCCACAAGUUUAACACAAAUAUUGUUUUUUAAACUUAGCAAUAUCUAGAAACUUCUUGUCACUGUAGUUUUUAUCAGCAAAACAGGUGGAAAUAAUGCAUUUGUCAGAGACUAUUUUUGGCAGGAGAUUAAUGCACAGUUGGUGCUCCUGUACUUAGGCUAUUUGGGGAAGUAGGACUGUGUAUGUGCUAUUGAGUGAAGAUAAACUACACUUACUUUGUUUCUGUGAGCACAUAGCUGUGCUUCUGCUUUAGGAUACAUGUAGAAAUGCAGUAAAGACAUUCAUUGUGAAAUCUUUCAAACCUUGUUGUUCCCCGUUGUCAGGGAACAACUUAUCAGAUAGUGGACAUUUUUGUCCUUCUCUACCCUCUUGCUGUCUCUCUCAUGUUAUCGUAUGUUGGCUGGCUUUACUGCACAGCCAUAUUUACUUACAGACACAUAUAUUCACAUGUUAUAUAUAGACUUUGGCCUGUCAUCAGUAUGCUGUGUAACUCUAUCUCUGCUGCUCAGCUUAGCUCAGCUCACUGCCUCUGCACAGCUUCAUGCUUCACAUGUUCACAGUUAACUUCCUCUAAAGACACUUUAAUGAUCUCUGUUUAGACUGGGUUAAGUAGAAGUUGGGAAACAAAUAAGUAUUAUUUUGCUUUUGUAGCCGAAAGUCAAGUUCAGCAUUUGGGGCCUGAAGGGAAAAUCUCAACAUUUAUUGCAUGGCCUGCCAUGAAAUCUUAUUUUGUCAUGUUCCGUCUAUCCUCCUAAUUUUCCCUCUUGGACCAUAACAAUGUAUACAUUUUUUGUUUUUUAUUAAAUGUUUUAUAGACACGUAGACUAAUUAUAGUUGAGCUGCAAAUAUAAUUGUAAACUAUAAAAAUGGAAGUAAUCUCAGUGACGUUUCUCACUGGUUUCUGCUUCGAGGUGUUGAAGGCCAACAAUGGCUGUCAAAGUAUCAAAAUGCUGACUCAACCUAACUUCCAGUUGAGCUAUCCAAAGGUAAAGAAGUAGCACAAAGGCUGUUCGCCUCCUGGCAAACAGAUUCAUUAUACUUGUCUGUCAGUCAAGUCAGCCACACCCUUAAUAAUGGCUGAUUGCAAAACUUGUGACCUCAAUAUUUGUGAAAUGAGUAAUAAACAACGUUCCUAUUCUCCACCCUCCGAACUGUGUUUCAAAUGCAGAAAUAAGCAGCUCAGAUCAUUUUCCUCCAGGCUGUGUGCUUUUAUGUACUUCUACAGUAGAAUUAGACAUUUUAACAUGAGUGUUAAUCAAGUCCUCUCCGCCUCUUGAACCAGUCUUAAAUGGACACUAGAGAAACUUCUUUUAUUUGCAUUUCCUCACUGACUUAAUUUUUUUGAAAGGUUGUCCUGCGGUGCCAACAUGAGGUUUGCAUUUUCUUUGGUUUAGAGCAAAGUACUUCUUUAGGUGUGAUACAAAUUGUCGUGAAAUGCGGUUCAGACAUUCAUUAUACCUGCAGAGCUGCUGACCACACCUACACUGUAUGUACUGCUAAUUGGCUAUUGUAUAUAGACAUGCAAAACUAACUAACUAACUAAUGUGGUAGGAAUUAGUAUAAGCUUCAACACGCAAGUAUUGUGAUUUUCUGUUGGCUUGCUAAGUAAAACUAAACCUGAAAGAGCUGGAAAAGCUGCUUACAGGGCUGCAGAUCUUUUGUUUAGUGAAUCAUGAAUAAACACAAACAGAGGUUAAUGUUUUUCAAUCACAUGUAUCCUGCACUGAUUGUCACUUAUCAGUUAUUAAAUGGCCCAGUCGUACUUUUACGCUGAACCCCAAAUUAGAGUAACACUAAUCUGUGAUUUGCAUUGAGUCACACAAGGAAGGAGGCAUGAUAUUUAACUGCCAGUGUAUAUCUGCUCAAGUUUCUCCUUGUUUCCUGCUUUCAAGACACAUUGAUUUACAGAAACAAGCAACACUCAAGAAGAUCCAUGUUUCCUUCAGAUAAUCCAAAGGCAUGUAACUAACUAGAACAGUUACCCAUUUGACCAGUAUGGCACUUUCUGGUUUGCUCCUCACUUGGGCCAGUGUCAGCGGAAAAAGCCCAAACUAUUGACCCAGUUUGUGUGAUAAUUGCUUUGUAUGGACUUGCUAUAGACCAUGUAAUGAUCAUUCUCCCAGGUGCUUAAGAGUGUGCUAACAUGGUUAACAUUAAACUGCUCAAAAUCAGCAUAUCCACAUUGUAUCAUGAGCAUGUUAGCAUUUAGUGUUAAACUCAAUUGUCUCAAAAGUCUGUUAACAUGACUGCAGACUGAGGGAACAGCCGGGGGAACUGAGAGCAGCUGAAUAUUUAAAUAUUUAUCAGCUAAGAUCUUAAAGUAAUGAACUUGAGACCUACAUUUUUAGCCUGGUUUGAAUGAAAAUGUUUAAAGAGAACUAUGGCGUUACCUAUUGUUUGUUUGUGUUUCCUCUUUAAAUGCAGGCUAGUAACUCUGCUUGAAUCGCUUCCUGUUUUCAUAUAAACAUCAUUCAUUCUGAGAUGCAGGAAAGGUGCUUUGAUUAAAAUUUGAUCGAUCCACUUGUUAAAACAAACUCUGACACUGCAGCAUAUCUCCAGACUAGACCAUGUACUGCCAUGCACUAACCUUUAACUGCUGAUUUGGUUGCACUGAAGCUGUGCAUACAAUAGCAGCUGUGAGUACAACACUUCUCUGCAAACAAUUGUGAAACCCUGUGAUUAGUCAUAUUACGUUGAGUGACAUGUCACCUCAGGAUUUGCUCUUUUUGCCUGUUUAAAUGUGCAACAUGGUUUUUGAGAUGUAACCAACUCAGUACUAUGCUUGAGUUUAAACUUGAUGUACUUGUACUAGAGUAGUUCCAUACGUUUUGAGGGUAAACCAUGCACCUUUACAUACUCUGAGAGCUCUAGUUACUUAUUUGACAACCCCCUCUCUUAGCAGGGAACACAACGUUCUGGUACAUGUCAUUCCCUGCAUUUCCUGUUAUCUCUAGACUGCCAAAUACCUAAAGAUCACCAAUAUAUGAUUACUUUUGAUUCAGCAAUAGUAAGUACUCUAAGUUUUGGUGGAUUAACCGGAAUAUUUUUACUCUGUUAUGAGAUUAGUUAGGUUAAACUUUCAAAGAGCCUCUUCCCCUUCAUUUCUUUCCUCUUUGUUUCAGUUGUGUGGUUGGGUGUCAGAGGCAGGAGGUGUCUGCAGUGAAAAAAAAAGGAAAGAAAGGAGUGAGUUAAAGUUAUGUAAUAAGUGCCCUGUUGGAGCACAAGUUAUGUCAGAAAAGGAGGAGACUUCUCCUGAACCCUCUGCUCCUGCUAAGGUUUAGAGGUACUUUGAUGGAGGAGGUGCCCAAUUACUCCCUCGCUCGAGUGGGCGGGGUAGGUGUCCAAUUUGACACGCUCUCAUUGGCCAAAGGAAAUGUCAGUUUGGAAGUAAGCCGCAGGUAAUUGGUCAGCAGAGUUUCCCUCAUGUCCUCCUCAACUUUACAGCGUCCAUCUGAGACUCGGGUCCGACUCUGUGGCAACUGUCGUGUGGCGCACUUGUUCAACUUCGUCCGGUGUCCAAGGCAGACUUACCGGAGGGGUUACCGGUCCGGUUUGACAUCUUUUCUCGUUGGAAGUUCGUCUGAGGAGGUAAUCCUAAACUUACCGGAUCUAAAACUUUUUCCCCCCACCGUAGAAGUCUAUUUGGACAAAAAGAAAAAUGGCAGACAGCGUGGAUCAAGAAGUCUCUUCCACUACUCCUCUGUUCAGUGAGGAAGUUCACCACUACCAGCCCGAACCGGACCCCGAAUUGGACGAGCCCAAACAAGACCUCUUUAGCGUGGAUGACAUUGUGGACUUGGUCGGCGGGGCUCAGGACGCCUUGGAACGACACCUAGCUGAAGACAGUGCGCCACACGAGUUCACAGAAAGUACCAUCGCUGCCCCAGAGGAGCCUGUAACGUUACUAGAGGCAGAACCAGAACCAGAGCCAGAACCGGUGUCGGUACCAGAGGUGAGGGAACCUGAACCAGAGCCCGAACCAGAACCAGAACCGAUGAUCCCAGACUCCACUACCCCCAUAUAUGUUCCACAUUUCACCGAGGAGCCCGAAUUCCUCCCCCCAAAAGCCGAACCGGAGAGUACAAAGAUCGUACCAGAACCACUGGCUGCCCCCGAGCCAGAACCUGCCCCGAAAAGCGACGCCCUCCCAGCGGCUGAACCCAAGGAAGCUGCCCCAGCCCCCGCAGAGGCAGCAGAGCAACCUGCGGUGACAGAAGAACCAUCAGCUCCAGCAUCAUGUAAGUGUCUCAACGAAUUAUGACGAUGAAUUCACAUUUUGAACACUGAUUUUAGCUGCUAAACCGGUUUAAAGUCAAUGUGUUUACAUAACCGUAAAUGAAAAUCAGUCUAACGGGUUUGUGAACGUUUGUGAAUCUCUCCAGUGAUUGUGAUUUGAACUGGGUUAGUUAGCAUUAGGGGUUUGUCCAGAGACAGACACAGACUUAAAAAAGCUGAGUUAAGCAAUAGUUUUUCGGUUUAGUCAACUUUGUUCACCUGUUAAGGGUAAUUCGUAUUAAAAUGUGUUUUUUUGCACAGCAUGUUAAUGUGGAGAUAGUCCCGUCACGGUGGGGUUAGCCGGUUAGCGGGCUAGUGACGCUACCCUAAGGGGAGCGGAUGGCCAACAUCAUUGACGGACCUCCUGUUUCACCGUGUUUUAUAUAAACUGGGAUAUAACCCUAUGAACAAGAGGGAAUGUAGAGAAUUAUACGAAUGCAACCAUUUUAGGUAUUUUCACCCCUGAAUGAGGCAGCAGUUUAGCCCCAGUUUUGCUGUGUUGUUGAGAUGGGGCCCACCUGUUUUGACAAAUAAACGGCAGGAGGCAUAUUUUCAACUGCUUACUAAACGUGCCGGCUGAAUCAAACUAGCUCAAUUUUAACUCAUUAUAACAUAUACCCCCAUUAACCUUUAUCACAGGUAUGCAUUUUAAAGUGAAACAUUUUCUCUUUCCGCAUUUAUAGUCACAUUUUUCUGUCAGCUUUAGCAGCGCCCAUCUGCUCUCUGCCCGCUGCGUGCCCGCUGCUGCUAACGCUAGUUGCUAGUAGAGUUCCAUUAUCGGACAGGGUUUUAUGCGGUUUUGACUGAAUGAAAACGAAAAUAAAGUGAUAAAGUUUUGCUCUAAAGCUAUCAUGUGUGUUAUUAUUUCAAGUUAUCUGCUUAUACACUCAGUGGUGUGAGGUUUCUCUUGACCGGUGUCUGUUCACAUCAGUCAAAUUGACCAUCUCCUGUGUAAGCUAGCUGUCGCAAAAAUAAUAACUCUUUAUCUGAAAUCUGGUGAUUUGUUUACUUUAACAAGGUGAGGUUUUUUUUCGAGAUUUGUGAUAUACUGGUUGUUGAAAGUAAGCAUUGGAGCACGUUGGACAAGGAGCUGUCCGAUAAUGGAAGCUGUUAGCACCUCACGGCGUACCAAAGCUGUGUUACCCGGAGAUUAGUCACAACAAAGGAAUCCGCUCUGCGUCCACUCCCUGUCAGCUUCCCACUUCUGUCACACUCUUACUAGAAUAACUCACACACUCCAAAGCGGACUUAUUUCUUUUAUUCAUCACCGGCCUGUUGCAGUCAGCCAAGCCUCCUCUAUCCCCACCCAAACCUACACCCCAAAUCCUCAAAACAGAUCCGCUAAUAAAGAGGCCUGUGAGCCUUAUUGUGUCCCCCAAAAUGCUGCCUUCUGCCUGAAAGCUCAGAAAGUGGCGUUUUUUUCCGUAUUGUUGGGACCUUGGAUCAUUUAAGGGAGUUUAUUCCCAGAGCCACUGCUGUUGUUAAUGUAUUUUUAUGUCGAUUUGGCAGAGAGCAGGUAAACAGGCCUGUGUUGCCUACUCCAUGGAGGCAGCACUGAGGCAGGGUGGGGCUGCCUGGCAAGGCCACUGAUGGAGGUUGAUACACCACGAGGUUAAGGCAUCUGAGCAAACCUAGCCACUAUAAAUAUUGAUCUGACUUCACACUGAAGGAAAAAUAUUGGUUGAGUUAAAACAAACAAAAAAACAAAAUAAUUUUAAGCAUUUUUCUCUUAAACUCAAAAGGCUCAUUUUAGCCCACCUUGUUCAAUGUUUGCAUGUUGUAUGUAGCUAAGACUUCAGUAGAAGGCUGUCAUCAAAUGUUACAUUAGUAAUAUUCAUGCCUUUUUGUGAACUUUGUUCAAUUGAAGUUAAAGAUUUAGUCAUUUUUGGAUAAAGCUUUUACUUGCAUGUCUUUACAUGGACAGGUUUUACAUGUCAGAGAGGUUUUUGGGAUUUUGUACAAAAACAACCAUGGUAAAUGAUUUCACUUGAAAAACUGGUUUGUUUUGGCACAGAUAGAGAUUUUUUAUGUUGUCUGAUGGGGAAAAAUGAAUAGAACUUAUACUCAUUUCAGCUUUCUAUUUAUUUUUUUCUGAACGUGAGUCUGAUCAGAUGGAUCUUGCAGUAAAUGUCCAUCACGCAGAUUAGUGUGGUUACUCUCUUAAUAGGUGUUAGAAGUGUGUUUUUCUCCCGUCAUAUGGUGUGACUGAUGGGUUGGUUAAUCUUCAGGGACUUGGUGAUCACAACCGGCCUACAUCUUAUUUUUGGGUCACCUACAUCUGUCAGUGUGUAUUUGUAAGACAUUUGUAAUGUGGUCAGGUGGAUUAGAUGGAGAGGGGAGAAGUCAGAGACAGUCCAGUUUCAGAGGUUUAAAGCUCAAUCAGCGUGUUGUUGUUGUUGUUGUUGUUUUUCUCUGCAUCCUGGUGAAGCCUACAUGAUUAGGGGUAAGUACUUAAGAGUUGCAGCCCUCCACCCAAAGCAACAAUAGCAGACAGGCCUUUUUCAUUUUUUUUUUUUUUUUAACUCUGCCAACACAGCAGCUGGCUUACGGUCUCGAUGCAAAACAAACUCUGAAAUGUGAUGUGAUGAGAACCACAUGUUAAUCUGUUUUAAAUCUCUCUCUUAUCGCUGCGAUAAGCACAGAGCUUUCCAGAUAUGUGUGUUGAAAGAGGGAACUGUGCUAAUUCAUCACACUCAAGUUGAUUUUAGGGGCCUCAAUUCUGCACUGUCUGAAAUUUUUUGUAAAUUCAGCUGCCUUACCCCAAAAGUCAGUCUGUUAAACAAGGUAAAAACCUAAUUUGAUGGACGCUAAAACUCAUGAGAAGCCCACUUUGUUAUUUAUUUUAUAGGCUGAUUGUAGUUUUGUUGUAAGUUAUUCAAGUGAUAGGACUUGAAUUUUUUUUUUUGUUGUAUAUUAUUGCGGAUUAAAUCUCCUUUUGGAGUUUUUGUUAAACAAGACAUCACAUUACAAUUUUUAGAUAGUUACCUUUUCAAGUCAUCAUCGAUUUCCAAGGGUAAAGUCAAACUGUGUAAAAUGAAAUACCUUUCUAUACUAUGAUAUGUCAUUAAGCUUGCAAGACGAGGUAGCUCACUACCUUCAACAUCCAAUUCAAAGCUGCGAUAUGAAAUGUAACUCAUGAUAAUAAGUUCAAAUCAGAUAAUAAUUAGUCAGGGUUUGUUUGCCGAGCUUAGCAUGAUGACUAGAAGAAGCAAAGAACAGCAGACCAUAAGAAGGAACCAUUUCUCUUCUGCCAGCUAUCAAAUGGCAGUGAUAGGAAAGAUUACCAUCCUGGAUGACCUCACUACCUCUUCCUCAUUAGGAUUACUUGUAUUGAUCAUUUAAUUAUAUACUGUGGACUUCUACAUGAAAAGCAGCUGUUUGGAUCGUGUUACUGCUGGAAGUCAUCUCACUCUGUGUUCUUUCUCUGCAGACAGAAACAGACUAAAAAAUGCAUCAAAGCUGCAUCACAAAACAAAAGGUUCCCCCCAAAGCCUCUGAUUGUUAAGGAGCAUUCAGUAAGCAUCAGACAACGGAACAGAUCCCAAAUCUCUCUGGGUCUGUGUGAGAUGUGGGUUUCUGCAAAAUUACAUAAGUCUUGGUUUAGUGGAAGGGAAGACUGCAGCAGAGAUGCUGGAGUCAGUUGUCACUGCAUAUAUUCUGCUGUCUCCACCAUUAGACACACCAACAGACUACACUGAAACCGCCCGCUCAGUGAACUGAAAAGUUUCACCUUUUACAGAUAAGAGAAAGAGUUGUGUCAUGGACUUUUGGACUCUUGUGCACCUGCAGGUCACAAAAAGGACUCUGUCAGGAAUCGUACAUUGAGUUCUUGAUUUUACAAGAUGGCAGCAGGUGACAUGUUUGCCUGAAGUCAUAUAUCAGUGUCAACUGUGAGGCAUUCCUUUAAGAUACUUAUAGCUCAUGGAGGAGACGUUUCCUUCGCAUGAAGAGCAAGGCAGUAAAGCUGGCCGGGUUGGAGGUUAACAUCCUUUGUGAGCAGAUUGGUUGUUUUCUAAAAAUACAGUGCGCAAAUGUGUAGCAGAGUCUGGUUGCAGCACUGUCCCUUUUAAAGCAGACGCCCAAAUGAAUUGGUGAUAUUCAUUUGAAACAUAAGAUUUAAUAACUCUUUACUGUUACUAAAACCCUUACUAUUUAAUUUUAUUAGUACAACAAAAAUUUAAAGCACUUUGGUAUUUCUUGUAGUUGUAAAAAGUGAGCAAGUAGGGCUGUACUGUAGUGCUCACAGUGAGUCAGUGUAGCAGGGGAAACAUCGAUGUGUUGGCUGUAAUCUGAUCAGGACACUGGAGAGCUGAACAGAACCUCAGGUUACUCGGACUGGACAUCCAGUCUGGAGCUCUCCACUUCAGCUAAACCUUGACCCCUCCUACACUGAGGGGAAGUAGCUGGCUAUCAUUUUCAGGACAGCAGGUGCAAUUAGUCGAUAAUGUUCAUAUGAUUGUUAAACUGCUCAACCACUGUAUUGAUGUGUAAGUAAAAGAGUCAAUCUUGUUGAUGUUGUUUUUUCAGACCUACUUUUUACCAUUGUUGUAGACUGAUGGUAUCAUUUACAUUUUGCAUUAACUUCAGUUUGUUCUCCAACCAAUACUUGUCUGUUUUCUUUCAGUUUAACAGUCAGUUGACAACUUUCUUAGUGUUUCCAGGUACAUGACCAUCAUUUUUGAAGAGUUUUAGCUUUUAGGUGUCUACAUGCUGAGCUACCAUAGAAACGGGCUCAGUUUAAGGUUGGCCCCACUAGCUUUGUCCAUUGAAGAGUGUCAGAGAAAGUCUGGUUCUAACCUGAACUUGCUGCCAGUCUGUUGGCUCUGUAGGCACUGGGGUUUGAAAACAGUUGACUGCUGUAGGUAUUAGCAGUAUUCAAAGUAAAACACAUGUUUGUAAAAUGGCACUAUUGUUGCUUUAGCUGUGGUAAGAGGCAGCAUGUUGCAUCAGGGCUGAAUGAGGAAAAAGUCUGGAAUAGCUGGUUUAAGGAACAAUGUGUUGUAGUUUGAAGUAUUUGGCAGAACAGACUAGGUCAAAAUAGAAUAUAAUGUUCAUGUAUAUUUAAAAUUAGUUUAUAAUCACCUGGAUAUAUAUGUUGAUUUGUUUUUAUUAACUUAAAUCUGUACAAAGGAGCAGGUUCCUAUGAAUGGACAAACCAGUAUCUAGUGAAAUGUUCAGAUUGAAAGAAGAGGAAGAAAUUGGUUGGACGCAUUUAUGGAUGCACCUGACAGAUGGGUGAUCAUGCUUACUAUGUGUCAUAGACCAUCCUUGCUUUAACAGGAGGGGUGAGCAGGGAAGCAUUUCAAUAUAGAAUUUGACCACUAGAUACUGCUGAAUAUUCCCAUUGCUACAGUGUACCUUUAACAUGAUGAUGAUGAUGAUGAUACACUAGCUGAAAUAAUUGGAUCCUUAUCUAGUUGAUGUUGAAAAUGUCCUUGGUUUAAUUCCACAGGUCUUCUUCCCUGUCCGAAGCAGUACCUUGACAGCAGAGGUAACCAAACAGGCUGGCCUCAUAUGAAGAAUCAAUUUGGCCCAAUCACUGUCAGCAGAAAUUUAUACAAAAUUCCCUCCUCUGAUUAAUCUAAUAAAUCAAUAUCGAUUGCACUGUUGCUCAAAGCAGCCUGUGAUUGUAAAGCUUGAUUUUUUGCCCUUGUUCACAUUAAAUGAUGACUGUCAAUGACUGAUGGGUCUAAAAUUUUCCCAGUUUGGAAUCAAUAAAGUAUAUCUAUCUAUGUAUCUAUCUAUCUAUAAAUGAAAGUGGUAGUGCCUUACCGAAGUCCCUGCGUGCUUACUAUAAUUAGUGAGAACUGAUUGAAUCAAAGUUGAUCAUGAGCCUUACAGGCACUUCCAGUGUUUGCCUUAUCUCGACUGUUUUAUUAAGGGCUUAAAGGAUCAUGCCUUUUGCCCACAGGUUUCACAUUUUGCUCACAGUGGCAUGUUUUGUUCGUUUGAGGUAAGAGAUCGUGAAGUAGAAAACUUAAUUUACCGUGAUGCUUUUGGAAUGUUAAAAAGUAAGAAUAUUUUUGUUGAAAAUACACCAAACUUCAACACCAUGAGCAUUGAAUUUCCUGGUAGUGUAUCCAUAAGUGCGUAGACAACUAGCCCUGAUUUCCUCAACUACUGAAGAAAAAGUUAGAAAUUAGACUUUGUUUUAUUUAAUUUCAUUUGAAGUGAAUUUAAGGAGGCUUUUCAGUGGAAACAUCACAUACAAAAAUAGCUUUACAGAGUAAAAACCAAUCUUUUUCUUAAAAUGUGUGUAUUGUGUCUGGAUGUUCAUAUUUGACUUUGUCAGAGAAGGAAUGCAACCCUUCUAGUGCAGCCUGGGUCUAACAAACAAUCACAGUUUCAGGUGAGAGCUCACUGCUUUCAGACACUUUGUGUCCUUUUUUUUUUUUUUUUCUUUCAACAUUUACCCUAAUUAUUGACUUGAAGCCUGUCUAUCACGAGCUGUACUCAUGGUUAUGCCAAAAUGACCUUAGUUUCCCUUUACUACAGAUGUUUUUAAAAGCCAAACAAAGUAGAUGGCAAAACUAGAACACUAGGACCAACAUGGCUGCAGCUUUUAAGCAGAAAGCUCUAAAAACCGAAGUUAAUCUUUGAGCCUUUUGAACUGUUAGUCUGAACAAAGUCUAAUCUGGGGUGAACCAGGGAUUUUAGUGUAAUGGAUUAAAAAGUCACUGGUGGUCUGAUUGUUUGAUAUUCUGAUGAAAUUUGUUGUUGUUAUAUUUUUCUGUUUUUUUUUGAGCCAUUGAGAAUUCCAUGUGUCCGCUGUAGUUGUAAAAUCAAAGUUUGUUCAGUUGAAUGCUAACCAACACUCUGUAGGACUAUUCAGCUUUCUACAGGCUGUUUAGGAAAUACCAGACGAUAAUCCACUAAAGUAUGUUUCUGAAGAGCUUGCCUUUUCAACGACAGGAUAAAUCUGUAGGAGUUGGCUUUUCUUUUGUCCAUUCACUCUCAGCCUACUGCGGCCUCUCAGUUGGCACUACUUGGUAUUGUUCGGCGGUAUGCCUUUGCCAGUUGGUAAAAUAGAUUUCAGUUAAUUAGAUAAAGGAACUAGAAACAGCCUGUUUAUAGCACGUUGCCCUUAAUUCAAUUCUACUUAAUUUGCCUUUAAUAAACCAUCUGCCCUCUGCUCUAACGGACACCAGAGCUCAGAAUGAGCUUCCUUAUUUUCUCCUUAGCAACACCUUUUAAUUGAAGUCACAUUGAUGUCAAAAUGUGUUGGAGCGGUUAGUUGUGUAACAGUGAUGACAGUCUUACUUGUACAUGAGUUUGACCUUAUUUUGAUCAUGAUUUAUAGAUCCCAACUCUUCUUCUGCUCAUUUCUGUCUGAUGGAAGGAUUACUGAGCAUAAUCGGUUCCCUCUGAUCCAAAAUAAAUUCUUUGAAUUCCUGUCUUUUUCUGAUGCAGCCUCUGUGUUCGUCGUCAACCUUCUUUAUUGUUCUCCACAGCAUACUGGCAUGUUUGUAUUGUCUUGCCAUGACACUGAUGUUCUGCCUGUUACGCAGUCCACUGAUUGAACUGAGCCUUUAACAAAUGUUCACAUACCUGAGAAUGCUUGUUAAGCAAGUUAUGUGAACAUACAGUAACUCCUCUAUGUUACAAGUAACUACUGAGCAAAUACUUUCUGGAGAGCAGCUCUGUUAAAUGGGUUAGGAAUACCCAGCAGACAGCCAUGAGUCCCCCAUGGCUCUUCUUAACUACACUGUUGUAACACAUGGAAGCUGUAAUUAAGAGGCCACUGUUGAGUAUCUCUGACAUGUUCUUUCAUUGCUGGCUUGGGGAAGAUUAAAUAAAACAGAGGGUUCAUAAGGUAAACCUCCUUAAUGCUGAAGUGUUCUGUCACUCCUUUUUAGACUUGAUAGGGCCUGACCAUUAUGGAUUUUUUUGGUGCCGAUACCGAUUAUUAAGGGGGGGGAAAUCUGAUUACAGAUUAAUCAGCAGAAUUUUUAAAUUUUUUAUUAAGUUAUAAAAUAUAUAUAUAUAUAUAUAUACUGUAGAUAUCUACAGUAUACUAUAUACAUAUAUUAUAUAGCUGCCUCAGUAAGAGAAGCAGCUCGAUCACAAAAUGUGUACUGUUGUUUAUUCUACCGUUACUGGCACGGCUAACAGUGUAGCAAGGCAAAUAGCUGAUGGCUAACUCUAACUUUAGCAAGCAUAUUACAUGGUGCUUCACCGCUAACUCGGCGUGACCGAGACCAGCACAAUGGGGAAUAUCGUGAAAUUGGUUGAACUGAAACUUGUUGACUUAUUGUGUAUUUCACAAACUGGUUUAUUUACCAUUGAGGCGGACCACUCUCCUCUGUGCGUCCCUGAGCUGCCUGCUUCAGAUCUGUCACUCUGCUGUGCUGUGAGGUAGAUAGUGGAAAAAGAUUGUCAUGAGGUUGCUGUGCCAUCUACUGGAUAAGUCGGGGGACUUUUCAAAUGGCGGUACAUUUUCGAAGUGAAACCGAUUCUCCGCAUUUUAUUUCUGAAAAUAUCGGCAAGUUUUGUCCAAUUACUGAUUAGUCUCAAAUGGGCUAAAAUUGGCCGAUUUGUUCGGCUCGCCGAUAAAUCGGUCGGGCUCUACUGUUGGACAUGUAAUCUGUUUAAGCUGUAGGGCACCAACCCACCACCAGCUGGGCCUAGAGCUCUGAGUAAUGGUCACUCUCAUGUUGCCAUUCUGUUUCUUUACCACCUGAAUGUAAACAAUCACAGAUGAUGGAUGACAUCUUGUGGUGCAGCGCAGUAUACCAGUAUUUGGAUCUAUAAAAAUGGAGUUUGAGUUGUUUGUAGGUUGUGUCUUGUUGAUCUGACAUGUAUCCAUUCCACAAGAGCACUAAGUAACCAGUACAGGCAGGAUGCUAGCCUGCAAGGAGGACUGUAGGCAGGUGGUGCUAGCUCUGCUCUUGUUGACUGUGCUCGUAAACUCAUUUCACAUCAUUUACCUGUAGAUGGGUGAUCCUUCGUUACGCAAUAUUUAACUAGUUGUGCUCAACUGACUGUUUUGAUUGUUUUUCAACUUUUAGACUUUUCUGUUAGUCAUAAUCUGAACUAGUUUAAAAGACCAGGAGAUGAUCUGCUUCGGAACAACCCUCUUGUGAAUGUCUCCUUGUCAAUACAGAACAAGAUUUGAGCCAUGAAAAUAAUUAUGCUCUUUCUUUUUCCAUCAAGCAUAAUUGGACCACCAUUGCUCUUGUUCCCUUAACUUCCACUUGGCUAAACUCCUUUUCUUCCGAUUCUGUCUUUUUGUUUUUCUUUUCUACUAUUACUUCAGUUAAGUAAUUCAACAUUUGAUACUCUGUUCAUUUAAAUGGAAAUGAUUUCUGUCUCUUGCUCUGGGCUUUGUCCUAUCGGCUUUCUGACUGAAUGACUGACUGACUGACUGAAGUCCCUUUCUGCUGCUUUCUCCUGUUUCUUCCACAGAUGUACCUUCUCCUUCUAAAGCUCAUCUUCAUCCUCUGAUGCAAUUCCCUACAGGCAAGUUCUCUUUGCUCGCUGUUCUUCCUGGCCCUUGUUAUUAAUUUACUUUUAAGUUUUAACACUUCUUUAGUUCACUCCUUUGUUUGUCCUUUAAGUGGCAAAAUAACCCUUUGCAUGAAGCAGGUUAGAUAUAUCACCUGUAGCAUUUGCACAGAUGCUAGUAUUUUUGAUGAACUAAAUUUGAUGUUUUGAAUUUGCUUGUGAUUGUGUUGCAUUGUGACUCGUGAUUGAUGUAGAGUAGAUUGACAUUAACUGACACAAGUAGUGGUAGAGGAAUAAUGAUUCUUCUCUAGGUGAUUUGUAGGUCUGAAACAUUUCGAAGUUGUACAUUACAAAUGAUUAAAAAAAAAGAACAUCCUUAUGAGAGGAAUCAUUAUUUACCAUCAAUUAACAGUUUGUGUUUUUGAAACACAGUGAGCAUGGUACAUUGGCGCCAGACCUGGGGCAAAAAAACUGUUGUACCACCAUGCAUCAAACCUGGGCGGUGCUCUGAGAACCAGACAGUUGCUGCCAAAUCUUGACUGUGGAAGGUAGUCUGCAGUCUAAUUUGAUUUCGUAAUGUCUAAUUAUUUUUUUGAAAGGGACAAAAAUGAUUCAGAGACAAACUAGUUUACUUACUGAAGAGACAGACAUGUUUUCAUAGGCUCUUGUUUUAUAGGUUUAGCCAUUACUUUUUUUUUCUUCCUUUUCUCUUGAUUUCUAAGCAGGAAAUGUAAGGCAACAUUACUUCAAAAAGAUUAAGUAGGGAAAGAAACAGCUGGUUUGAGUUUCACCAGACGUAACGGUGGGUGACAAAGGGAAGGAAAACCAGCAUGCAGUUGGUAGAUAUGGUGAUGAGACCCACUUGUACAAGAACAGCUACUGAUGUUAUUUCUGCAAGUCACUGAAACUGUACCAUGUGGGUGGAGCACCCAUCUCUUCAGAGAUCUAUUUCUCCACCAAUGCUUGGUUUCAGACUUUUAAUAUGUGGUGAAAACUUCUCUCCAGGGAAAAAUGGACCCACUAGUACUAGCUAACUACAUAUAACAGCAUAACAGAGCAAACAAUAAAUAAAAAAAAUACCUUUGAGUGCAAAGAAUUAAUGAUUUUUAAAUCCUCCUCACUUCAGACAUAACACAAAAAUAUUUUUUAGUGAACUUGAUUAAAUGCUAAUAUACUAGAGCCUAAGCUUAUAUUGCUAAAGAGUCUAACUGAUAUAUUUGUGAUCUAUACAGUUUAUCAGUUUGUGUGUUAAUAACCCAGAUGAGAAAUUCACAGGAAUUUCUAGACAACCUAAAGUUGAUAAACCAUAUUGAGUAUAAUCUGGAAGUUCGCUCGCUCUUAGUUGGUGUAACACGUUAAUUUGCUUUUAAAGUACAUAGAAUGAAAGCCUAGGUUCAGAACGGAGAACCUCUUCUGUUGUGUAAUACGGAGAGAUGCACUAGUUCAGGUGCGUGUUGUCACCACUAGUUAGCGGUCUUAUACCUACCACCCACAAUCAACCUUUUAGCAGCACUUGUCUGGUUUCAAUACCUGAACCGUCCUCGUAAUGUUUUUUUGGAAAUGGUCCCCCCCAGGUGUGUUGGGCACUAUAAGGAAUGGAGUAUGUCUUUGAUAUGUGCUGUAUUGCAUUCUCCCCCCUCCCUCUCUACUCAAGCACUUGGGCAGAAGGGUGAUUCCCCUGCCCCCAUCUCUCCUCUCUCCCCUCUUCACUCCCCCGACUCUUUGGAGGAGCUUUCUCUGACCGAAAGUCCCAACCAGCCCCCUCCUUCAGGAUACACGGCAUCCCUGGGCUCCUUCUCCACUGUACCCCCAACUACUCAUUCCAAGGACAUGUCUUGGAUGGGUGAAGAGGGUGACUCUGGAUCAAGUCGUAGUAAGAAUAAAGAAGACCUUCUUGAUCCAUUAGCUGGUCCUUACCUGAGUUUAGGGAAAGACCCAGGGCCUCACAAUCCAUGUGAAGACAGUGGAGUUUCUUUUUCACCUGAGGAGAAGCUGAUUAGCUCAGACAGGUCUUCCACAGGCCCCUCCCCACUAAAUCCCCAGAUGAAGGUCCCUGAGUCUCACAUUGCCUCCUCUAACCCAACAGAGCACUGGGAUUCAACACUCCUAGCAUCUCAAGACAACACCAAGGUCUCCAUGGAUACCUUUUCCAAGGACACAGCUCCCAUUAGCUCUUCCAGGUAUGAGCCAGACCUGCACGGCAACCAGUCUGAUGAAGAUGAUGACCUGAUGUAUGAGGUGAAGAAGAAUAAUAACCCAUUUGAGGGCUUUUCCCCACUGGCAGACAGUGGCUACUCCAACUUUGGAGACUCCAAGUCUGACAGCAGAGCCUCAAAAAUGUCAGAGAGUCCUACUCCAGAUCUGGUCCAGUAUGGACAGACUGGAGAAUCCCAGGAAACCCCACCUUCUUUCCUAGACCAGGGAAAACCGUUUGAGACAGGCAAGAUGGCCACUGACUCGCUUAUGCUGUCAGGGAAUCAGUUCUCAUCUGGUUUUAAAGAUGAUGACGAAGAGGAAGAGGAGGAUUCUGCUUUGCCACCAUCUCUUCCAGACAUCCUGAAGUCUUCCCCGCUCAACCCCGACAAAGUCGACUCUGGUUCCUCAGAGGGAAGCCCUGAGGAGCAGAGUCCAAUCCUCGAGCGGAGGAUGAUGGAGUCACCUAACCCACCAAUCAACUUAUCAGCUAACAACCCAUUUGCCUUUGAUGCUAAAGUGUCCCUGCUGAAGGAGAUGACAGAGGAGAUGGAAGUGAGAGCAGCCGAUAAAGGAAAAGGUGAUGAUGACAAAAGUUUUGGUGCGUUCGAUCUUGUCAAAGAGGCAGAGGAAACCACCCCCACCAAGGUCAAAGAAGAGGAACCCGUCAAAAUUGAACAGAAAGAUUGGUUUUCAAGCCACGAUUCUCCCAAAAAGAUGGAAAAGUUUGAGCCACUUGACUUCAAGAGCAAAAAGACCCCUGCUGAGGACUCUGAUUCAGAGUCACCAACAGCAGACUCCCUGUCUCCAGUCCUGGAAGCCAUGGGCAAGAACCCUGCCAUCUUCCAGGUAGAAACACAGAAGAAGGACCUGAUGAUGGAGGAGCCAGAAGUAGCUGAGGAGGUGUCUGAGCAUGAGGUGUCAUCUGAAGAGUUUGAGUUCAUUGAGCGACCACCCAGGGGUGUUAUUGAUGAGUUUCUUGAGGCUUUGGAUACUUCAAAGUUUGCAUCCUCUAAACCUCCUGAAAUCCCCAUGGAUGAUGACGACCUAAGCUUUGGGCAGAAAGAUGUGGCUCCACUUUUGACUUCAAAGGCAGCUCCAAGCCCCAAAGUUGAGGAAGAGGCUCCAAGUCAGAGCUCCUACCUUCUUCUUACCCAAGCUUCCCCCCAGAAAAGCAAGGCUGAAUUGGAGAAGCUUGACAUUCAGCAAUCCCCACCCCAAGUUCCCCUUGUCCAUUCCCCUGUCCGCAAACCAGAGGAGGGAGUCACUAAGAAGAGUGCAGAAGGCGGGAAACAGUUUAAGAUGCCAAACCUGAACAUAAGAGCAGGUAAAAUAAUCCAGUUCUGGCAUGGAAACCAUCCCUUCCAUAUCCCCCUCAGUUUCAUUGACACGUUCAUGUUCAUCCGUUUAAUAUUCAUCAUCACUCUUUUGUUCUCUUCAAGUUACUUUCUCCCAACCAGCCAACCAGCAGCCUACCUUUACUCUAGAUCCCAUCAUUUUCUGCCAAGUGUCGCCUUUCCUUUCUUGCAUCUUUUUCUCUUGCAUUUUCUUUGAACAUUAACUCUUGCAUUUUGUAAAUUUUGUUUUAAUUCGUGUGGUUGUGUGUUCCACCGCCGUUCAACCCCUUGCUUUUGCUGCAUUUCGUUUUUCUCUUGAAAAUAAGAUCACAUCUAUUUAUCUUAUCAUUUAAUUUUUUAACUUCAUUUAGGCUGAGGUAAGUAGAAAUGAUUUAUUUUUGUCAUGUUUUAUUCAUAAACUCCACCCUAUAAUUUUUUUUUAUACAAGGAAAGAAAAAAAUGUUAGAUAUUUUUUUGUGGUAAGAGCAGAUGUGAGAAGCCACAGCUAAUUACCUUUGAAACACUUGUACAGCUUUUUACUGCUGUGGAGUUGAAUUCCUAAUCCAUCUGGUUUCAGCUUCUCCCUGCUCUAGAAAUAACUUGGGAUACCCAUCUGAAACCUUACACAACUUCACAGACCCCUACGCCUACUGACAACUACAGAAACACAGGACAAACAGCCACACCCUGUUUCUGACUAAAUAACUGCCAUUCUGGUUAAUAAACUAUUUGCACUCUCUCCCACACCCUGCAGUACAUGCUGCAUCACAUUUUACUGCAUAUGCCCGAAGGCGAAUUUCUUAAAAUCAAUUAAUGAUCAUUCCUUUAGAAAAUGAGUUCAGCUGUGAAUUCUCCAGGGCAGAUGCACUCUCUACUCAGAAACUCCAGUCUUAAACACUCCUGUCAUUAAAUGAAAGACGUUCGUUUAAAUGUAACCUGGUUGGAUAUUAAACCCACAGAAAGAAACCAGGUACUGCUCUUAAUGAAAAAUAAUUGAUGAAAUAAAACCCAACAGAUGUUUAGAGAAAUUAAAUCAUUAAAAAAAAUCAACAGAGAAAGGACUCCUGGUGCUUGGAAGUCUGUCUUCUUAGGAAUAAGCAAUAUUAAUAUGCGACAAAUGAUUAGUCAAGGUGGUUCUUCAAUUAAUGAAAAUUGGCUUAACAAACUGGCUGUGCCUAUAAUACCACAUCACGGUGGCUUAGUUGGUAUUUGGGCUGUCAAUGACAUUUGACAGGGCAUCUGGGUAAAAUUGCGUUCGCCUGUCCAACUUGAAACUGGCUUUUAUGUUAUCUGUAAAAGUUAAUGGGAGUUACUCAGCAAAUGUAGCCCUUAGGAUAGAUGUGCACCUGAAGUCAUUUAGGCCUCUGAUGCUUUUAUCUUAAAAUGUCCAGAUCUUGUUUAUUAGUUUAAAUUCAAAAAGGAGAUGCUUAUCUGUAGCACUCGGUGUCUAAUGCAGAGGUUGUUUAUCAGACAGAGACAGAGCUGCCUCCUUCAGGGCUUUCAGGAGGGGAUGAAUUGCCCCCUUAGGUGCCACUGUCUCUCCGAAGGCUACGCUGCUAACUCUUCAUUUUAAUGGAUGAUUCAGUUUCAUUUAAACAGGUAUUGAUCAGUUGAUAAACACACACUCAUAUAUGCUCCUCUAACACACAUUCACAUGAACUUGUAUACAGCAUUGCAUAGACUCAGAGCCGUCAGCUUCUGUGUAACUGGAGCAGUAGGACUGUGCUGUAUUGGAGCAGCUGCUGACGCCUUUACUGUACGUGUUUGUCUGAGGGAUCUCCUGUUAAUUAAGCCCCUCUCUCCCACCCCCCUCCUCCUCCUCCCUACGCUUUCUCAUCCUCCUCCCUGCAUUGCGACACUGGCAGGCCCACAAAGGGUCCUCCGACCCAGAAACCACUCAGCAAAUGUUCUUGGUUACACAACUUGAGGUUGAGAGCAGAGAUCUGAACAUAAAUCUCCCUCACUGCUGUCUCGCCACUCUGAUAGAAGCGUGGUUCAUUAGCUGCCAAACUUUAGUAUUAAUUUGGUGAGUUGUUGUGAUUUACAGUCUGGAGAAGUGUCAAAAGAUGGUGCAGAUUAUCAAUAGAUUUGUCAAUCAACUAUAUAUUUAUGUUGAUUAUCUAAUAGUUGGCAGAUGAAGUAGUAAUUGAAAGGCAGAAAGAGCCAAUGAUAUGUAAAUGUGCCAUUUGUGUGAGCUGGACCAUAGCUUUAUAAGAUGACAGUGAUAAUAGUGGAGAUAAGUCCUUGUUUACAGUUUUAGGGGUUGAUGAGGGAUUUUUUUUUUUGCACUGGAAUGCAGAGAAUCGUUUUUUCUGUUGAUAUCUGCAAAUGUAAUUCAUAAGCAGUUUUUAAUAUAGGUAUUACUAUUGUACAUUGUCAGCCAACUAUGGUGCAGACCUGCUUAAUUGUGACAGUGUUAAAAGUAUCGUAUGUAUAAGUUUUCUGUCAUUUAAGCCCUCUCUGACAGAAAACCUACACCACCGUUAACCCCUCGUAGCUCUGUUUUUUCAUACGUUUCAUAAAAAAAAAAGAACUUGGUUUAGAAGCUGAAUUUGCUAAGCCUUACAUUUGUUAUUGGCUCAUGACAGGCCAAUAAAACCAGCUGACACCGAUCAAUAACUCUCAAAAACAGUCAAGUUUUUGUUUCUCUUGUUAGAAGAGCUAUUAAGUUGUAUAUUUGCUUCCCUUUAAUGUAUUGUGAUUAUGUAAAUAGCAUGCUUUUGACAUUAUCACACCAGGAUCUGUUGGAUUGUAAAAGUUAUUAAUCCUCUAAAAUGCCUCACCUAGUUAGUGGGUGAAAAUCUAAUGCAUCUUAUCUAAAUGUGAUGUUGAAAUAGUAAUGGUGCAGCUAUCUGAUCUGAACAAUGACUCAGGUUUGUUUCACUAUCCCUGCAGUGCAUUACAUCAGCCAGAGAGAAGUGACAGAGUAGAGUUACUUAGGGCAGGUGAAGGGUCACGUAGUUGGUGCUGCUAAAACGUUGUGCUUCUGUUUGUGCAAUCCUCUGUCCCAAGAGGGAAAUCACAGCCAUGGACGAGACAGGCAUAAGGUCACUGCAGAAAAGUUUUUACAAAACCCUCAUUCCACGAAACUUAAAACCUGAUUUUGUUAAUUUUGUGUCUUGCAUUGGUCUAAUGCUUGGACCAAAUCAAUCUUUUAAAGGCUGAGGCCACUAAGAUAAGUAUCGGUCUGUUUCAGAAACUGUCUCUUCCGCUGAGGCCUUGCCAGUGUCUACAGAAACACUUUUAAGAAAACUGAAUAGCUGAACUUCACACUGUAGCAGGUCUGCUCUCUGUCAAAGUUCAUAUUUUUUAUAAGGGUAUUCUGUGUGUGGCUACAAGAAAAGAGAUGGUCAGCAGACAGGUCUGUGAAAUGAAAGUGGUGCCCUCUAGUGGGAGAUGUCUGUGAUUACCACUGAAAUGUACAGGUCCACUCAGAGUUACUGACCAGUUAAUAGGAUCCCACGGACAUUCAGUGAACACGCACACAAGCUUAGCGAUGUCUUUAGUUAUUUCUUUGUGUUCAAAAAGGAUUUCUUACCUCUGAGCUACAGUCGGUCUGAGCUUUCCUGCUUUCCUUGCUGAGAAACUACAGCUUUAAUGCCUGGGAAUAUUGGCAGUGCUUGGAAAUGAACUCAUCUUGGCUUUCAACCAGCUAUUGUUUUCUGUCCUCUUGUUGGCAGAAGUGACAGUAUCCACCAAGUUUGAGUCAUUUCCGCACUUGGGAAAAUGUUUUGUGUGACAAAUACUUACAUUAAGGAACAGUACUUGGACAUUUAUGUGACACAGAUGACACUAGUUGUAGUUGGACGCAUGCUGUUACAAUUUCUUUAGUUUCAUCCACGGAAAGACUGAGUGGAUUGUUUUCACACGUACAAAACUGCUUCGAAUCCUGUAAAUGAAUGUGUCUGUCUUUGACUAGUAAUCAAAUGGAUUGACAUGAACUGUGAUUCCACAAAAACAAACAAGACCCUCACCGAUAUUUAUUCGAUAUAGCUCUUUGUAAUGCCCACAACCACAUUUAGGACAGUAAAUAUGAACAGAAUGACAGCUAGCAGAAUACCAGGAUGAACAACGGAACAACAACAGAAGCGGUGCCGCUUUGUCCACAGGAGGCCCUGAAACAGACCCAGACAGAAGGGGCCUCACAGGUGCUUGAAACUCCUGGGUCCAUCCGUGUAAUAAGUUACUGACAAGUUAGCUUUAAGAUAAGUUAUCUGUCACUGUUUAACUCAUCAUAGACAAGGGCUUGGUGAUAAACCGAAAAUUUACCAAUAGUUACGACAAUAAUCAUAUUUGGUGUCAAAAAAAUAAAGUUGGUUUUGGAUGUGUGUAGUUAGGCUAUGGUCUCAUGUCCUUUUAAGACACUGUCCUACGUCAGGGAUGUGACUCCACCCCAUCCAGUCUGUAACAAAAGGCAAAGACAUGAGGAGAUGGAGGACGGAUCAAAAGUUGUAGCAGCUGAAGUAGAUGAAGUUAAUGUGGGAGGGAGUGAGCAGCUUGUGGAGUAGUUAUCGUCCAUUUAUCGUGCUCAAUAUAUCGUGAUAUUGAUUUGAGGCCAUAUCGUCCAGCCCGAUCAUAGACUAAUAAUUUAGGGGUCAUGGACCAGUUGGAUUGAACCACACCUUUAGGGGGAUAUGGUAAGCAUCUUUCACUGUUCUCUGGCAGGUGAAUAGUAAUGAGAUGGUUGUUGAUGCCCUUCAAUGAAGAGAUUUUUAGUGGAUACAUAAUACCAGCUUCUGUUUCAGUUCACAAGUUAGCAUCUUAUCAGCCAGUAUCUGAAAAAGCACACCAGCUUUUGAGUUCAGUUGCUGUCCCGUCAUAUCUGCGUCCUUAUCCCUUCUGUUUCAACAACUGCUUUGAUCAAAGCCAGACUCAAAGAGAUCUGUAGCCUCUGUAUUCAUUGAACCAGGCAGAAAUCAUUCAUAGUCUCUCUCACUGCUGUGUCAGCAAAUCUGACGAAGCAGAGGGAGGAGGAGGGAUGAGAAAGCAGGUUGAGAUAAAGCAUAAAGGGGAAAAAAAGUAAGGGUGGGUUAAGAGUUUAGGUUAAAAAAGGAAGGGAAAGGGAAGAUCAGAUUGAAGGAGAAAGGAGGAGGGCAAGGAGAGGUUGGCAGAAAGUCUGAGCAGGGAGGGAGGAGUCGAGGGAGAUAGGGAAGGAGGGAGGAGGCGAGGCAGAGACGUUUAUAGUUGCUGCGUCAGAGCGUUGGCAGCAGACAGUCAGCUGACAGCACGCCUGCAGGAGGGAGUUAAUUCGCUAGCUGCAGUCGUCUCCCCCAGAGGAAGCCUCGCUUGGGUUCUUCCCUCUCACCCUCCCUCUCCUAUCUUCCUCCUCCUCUUCCUCCUGCAGCCAAACACACACACACACACACAUCUAUACACACAUAUUUCCUCACAUCUACAGUGACAGCCCGUGCUCGGUCCCUCUCUGUGUGUGGAAUGUGUGUUUGCUGAUCGGACGGCAUGGAGAACAACUCUGUGGACACAAAGGAAAGCGAGCCUUCUGCCAAGCACUGGAGAGAACAGGGUACAGAACUCCACCUUACUGUCUUUCUCUUUGGCUUCUUUGGCAGAUGAAGGUGUUCGCUGCUGCAGUGCUUUCUUCUAUCGCUUGAGCUCUCUCUCUCGUGCUGACUGUAGGAAAUUUGACAUUGACGCUUAAUUAGGUAGAAACUCUUGCAGGAUGUAAAUGGACUGGUAGCAACAGAGUCUUUGCAGCACAAAAACUCUUCUGUUUGCUUUCAGUGGUUUAGAGACAAGCUUGGGCUUUGGAAACUUUGUCUCUAAAGAUGCUAAAAUGCAGGAUAUCAAGUGUGAGUUGAAGCUGCAGCCUUAUGAACUCGCUAUGAGGAUCUUGGCUGAUUUAAGAGCAAAGGUUAACUUUUUUAUGUAAUUGCAGGUUGCUAAAUAUUUUCCUCUUGCUUCAUUCACUGAGGUGACUUAAGUCAAUGUAUUUGACUGGGACUCCUGAUUGUGUAUGCAUGUCUGACUACCAGGUGGCUUUAGGUCCUCAGAGGUGCAUUACUGCAGAUCUUGUGGACCAGGUGCAAGUUUGUCCUUGGGUGACUGCAGCCGCUCUGGAGAGGACCUUUGGACGGUGAGCCAGUCAGCCGCUGUGACCAAAGGUGGACAGUAGAGAGGAAGGGGAGGAGGAAAGGGGAGGGAGGGAUUUGUGAGGGUGACGUUAGCUGGCAGGUAAACGAUUGGCCUGUAGCCGGGGAAAUGCUAAUGAAGUGGUGGAGGGUCAGGACACAGCUUUCUGGAGUUUGGCAGCUUUCUGCAUGGGGCUCUUGUUUAUUUGACAGAUGAACUCACUUGUAGAGGUUUCUGAAAGAAUAAAUCAAAGAUCUGAUUGUGUUGCUGCCAGUUAUGGUGGUGUACAGUGAGAGUUACACCAGCUGGGCUCACAUGGGCUAGGGGCUAAAACUCAAUGCAAUUGACAAAUGCUUGAGGUCUGCUUCACUUCUGAUCGUCUAAAUUGUUAAUUUAGAUCACCAGAAGUGGAGGGCCCUUGUAGACUUUCAUUUAGUCACUCAAAUCUGUACUUUUGACUUGUAUAACCAGGAGCAUGUAAAACAAGAACUAAUUGGUCCCUAAACUGAUUCUCUAAUCCUUAUAUCUCUAGUUUUAAUCAAUCCAAACAGUCAUAGUGAUAGAAGUAGCUAAAUUUAAGUGAAAUUUUUGGCUUAUAGCAAGAAGUUCAACUCCUCACUCUCUGAUCUUCUAUGAAUGGUUGUGAAAACAGGAACUUGGCCCAAGUAAAGUGCUUUUUGUUGCGACGCCAAAAGAGGUGCUGAGCUCCUAGACUGUAAUUUACCGCUUGGAGAUGGUUAGCAUUCGCUUGUUAUCUCAUGCUGUCUGCUGAUGGUCUUGUGUCCAGCCUUCAUUGCAUCAUCUGAGGCUAUAGUACUGCUGUCACUGCUCCACACUGAAGCCUUUGUGCUGUGUGUGUAAGUGUGUGUGUGUGUGUGUGUGUGUGUGUGUGUGUGUGUGUGUGUGUGUGUGUGUGUGUGUGUGUGUGUGUGUGUGUGUGUGUGUGUGUGUGUGUGAGAGAGUGAGUGUCCACGAGUGCGUGUGUCGGUGUUGUAUCAGCUCAGCUUUGUUCACCCAGUCGUCGGUCAUUGAGCCGGUAACAAGGGAGAACUGCCCGUACGACUGGGAGAAGAUGUUGUGUCUCUGAGGGCCUGUCAAGAGGGUUUGUGUGACACUGCAAGGACGAGUCGUACUGUGACUAAGCACUAUUUGCUUUGUGUGUGUGUGUGUGUGAGAGAGAGGGAGAUUCUGCAGUGGUGAAAUAAUCAAAAUUGUGUUGCAAUAUGAAGUGAAUCUCCUGCAGUGAGAAAAGUGGUCAUCUUUUGGCCCUUCACACACUUUUCACCAUCAGAGUAACUUCCUCAUUCCCUCUCUUCCUCAUCUGGGAUGAAAUCAUGUUAGCUGGUUUAUUUGAGGAGAAAAAAAAGACAAACUGUAGAGUAAAAAUUGUGUCAUGAAUGUGUGAAUAAAAUUUUCAAAACUUAUUUCACCUUUAAAAAAUAGUAGCAGUUUUAAAUGAAAUGGAAAUCAAAUUCAAAGGACUCUGUUUGAAAUCCAACAUUAAGUGUUGAUAUUUGCCCCGGAUGUUUUUAUUUAUUUAUUUUUUAAAAUUUAUCUGACCCUAGAGCUGUGCAAUAAUAGAUUUUCUGAAUUAAAAUAAGUUUAACCUUGACGGUGGAACCACCGCUGGCUGUGAACUUAGUCUUAAGUCUUAAAGUAGCAGCGACACUAAUUAAUUCCAUCAACCCAAACAGACACGCAGCAGAGUGGGGUGGUGUGUCGCACUGCCAGUUGCACAACACAGCAGCAGCCCCAAAUCACCUGCUCAAGGUAAAAUAAGUCAUUGCUAUCAUUCUAUCUGAUAGGAUUGUCAACUGAAUGUGGUUUAAAAAAAAUCCUCAGGUUUCUGUCUAAGUCCGUAUUCUCCUGCUCUGUUUGCUUUAUAACAACAUAUCCCCAGUCAAAGCCAAUGAGGGCUUUUUCAAAGUACUCACCCAAAACAAACACUUCUGCUAAAAAGAGAACGAGAUGAUGCUUUAAUUAUACUAAUAUGUUUUAAUUUUAACAUUGACUACAAGCCAUUUGUUAACACUCUAAUACAGUAAGUGGCUAGCUGCUCUUUUAAAAAUAAAUAUGGCCUGUAGCCAUGUUCUUAUUUUGUAACAUGGAUGUCUGUAUCUGCCAGUGGGCUAUCACGGCGUAUAUUCAGAUGUUAUUCCACUGGGGGAGAAACUAACUGAGCAGUCUAAGCAGUCAGAGAAGAAAAAAGUAGCAUAUUUUACAGUUAGCCCUAAACUGGCCAAUAAAAUGUCAGCAACAUUUCAAACAUUGCAGAUCUCAGUUAUUCACUUGGAUUUGGCAGGGAGAUUCAGAUAUGUUGGACCAUUCAAGAGUUUUACUUUGGGCUAAAAAACAAAAAAAGUCAGACCAGGUCUGCUAACAUAAAGAGCUGUAGCACUGUACUUUAAAUAGUCACUGGUUCCACAGAGAUUCAGUCAAAUGUCAAGUUUAUGAAUAAAAUAGUUUCUUUCCUGACAAGAACAUUUUAUUUAUCAGGGUUCCAGAAACUGAACUUUAAAUCAGGUUCAGAGUAUACUGAUUGAAUAUCUUUGGGUUUUAAAGUCUAAACAGGAGUGAUUAGGAGUAAUGGGUAAUCUGGAUUAUCAUUGAUUCCCAGUACUAUUGAUAACUCCAGACCGCUUUACACACAUAAACAAACACUGAAGGAAUAUCCUUUGUGCUGGUUUUCUUAAUAUGCAUGACCGACUGUCUUUAAUCAGCCAUUCAGCUCUGUUGUGUUUAGGUUUUAUGUUAGUUUAUAACAGAGAUUAAUCUUGAUAAUAGACGACUUUUAAGACCUUGGUUUGAGCUUGUUAGUCCUCAAGAGUAGAAAGUAUCAGCCCUUUGAGAUGUUUCUACUGAGUUUAUUGUUUGUAUUUAAAGACGGUUGCAUUUCUUGGUACAUAAUUCUCAGAUGUGUUGUUUUAUUAAUGAGGUUAAAAUCGGUCUUCAGAAGUAAAAGAUGUCUCAGCCAAGGUGCCUUCCUUGAUGCCUUGCUCAAGGGCCCCUCAGUGGUGAAAUUUAGUUCUUUCACAUUUUGGUGUGGCUGCAUCAUUCAAGGGGAACAACUUCUCAACAGUAGUGUGAAUAAUUCAUUGUGUGCAGAUGGUGUUCAGUCCCAGCAGGAUAUUUGUUAACCUGCAGACAGAUGUUCAAGUUUCACAGGUUUAUCACAAACCAAAGCCCCUCUCCUGUUACCUCCCUUGCAUUGCCUGUAUAAUCUUCGUGUAUUGCAUUGGUGUUGUGGAUAGUCACUUGGAUUCAUCUCUCAAAGAGAGCCUUCCUUCUCCUGUAUGUUCUCCUGAGGUGCCACUGCUCACCAUGUGCUACAUGUGUGACAUGAAAGGUCAGGUCAGGGCGAUCUUCGGGCCUGAUUGUCUGCAGUUCAUAAGUGAAAAUGGCUCAAGAGUUCAGACUGGGCUCCUGCUUUGUUUAGCACAAAGAAACAAGAGGCAGACUUUGGACAGAGCAGAGUUUUAUGUAACAGAAUGUGAAUGGGUUAUCUAAGAGAUAAUUUUGACUUCAAAUGAUUACUUGGAACCCUCUAGAGUCCCACGGUGUCUGUAUUGACUCUCAAGCCUACAGCCUUUCGUCAGCUGUUCAAUUCGAUUCAUAAAAAACUUAAAAAACUAUGUGUGCUGCUUCAGUUUGUAGUUGUCAGGGCGGCAGUUAAAUCAGGCUGAAUUGAUCAAUUCCUGUUGGUUGGUUUUUACUUUGUUUUUGUGCCAAUGAUGCUCCCAUCAUGCACCUGCUCUUCCUGGAAAGCUUCCCUACAUGGAUUUUUUUUUUUUUGGUCCCACUAGCUUUGGGUUUGACUUUCCAUUUUUUAUCUUUUCUUUGGCAAGACGUCCUUUUACAGCCAGGUUAAACAACACCACCCCCCUUUGACCUGUGGUAAAUAUCCUUUUAAGAAAACCAGUUUCUUUAUGAUAGUUAAUGAACUUUCAGAAACAGAACAGUUGGCUCUGUGUGCUUUUGAUAUAAGCUUAAAUUGAAUCUAUAAAAUUUGGAUCUAUUGUAGAUCUUUGUCUACUAAUACUGUAUAUUUACCCAGUGCAGAAUUGAGCUACUUUUAAGGAGCUGGUGGAUAUAAGUAACUUUGUGUUGUGAAGUUUUCCCCCCAGAAAUGUAUUGUUUUUUAUUUGAGGGCUGGUUUUAACCCUGUGGUUAACAAUAGCUUUGCAACAGGACCUUAAAAUCUAUCUUACAGACAUAGACAUGUUAGAAGCUUCAGCUUGAUAUUACUUGUUUUUUUCAGCCAUGAGCAGCACAUGCUUUAGUGUAUAUUUGUUGCCUACACUGAGCAUUUGUGCUUGUAGGGAAGUUUGUCUGUGUUGCUUGCCAUUUACAGCGUAAAAUGUGUGGUGAGGUUUCUGCGCCACAAUAUCAAGCCUUUUUUUUUUCCAGUUGACACAAUGCCUCAAGCUUUACAAGGAGCGCCAGUCUCUACUGAUAUCUGUGUCUACAGGCACAUAGUCUGCAUAUUUUCUGCAAAGUGUGUUUAGUGUUGGUGCUAUUCAAGUUUAUUGACCGUACUGUGGUUUGUCUCAGGCCUAAUAUUAGCUGAUGACUUCUUGUAAUUGCAUUUGUCAUCAGUGGAAGUGCUGUGCAAAGAUCACCUGUUUGAGGGUGUGUUUGUGCUGUAACCUGCUGCAUGCAACAGGUCUGAUUUUAUACAACGAUACAGUUUUUUCUUCUAUUUUGGUGGGUGGGUGGUUGGUUGGGGGAGUCUGGAACAAAGAUGAUGGCCUGUGAAAAAUAGAUGGUUUGAUAAGUGCUGAAAGGUAAUUGUGGUCAUAGUUAUUUUAGUCUGUAUCUCUCCCAGCUGCACGUGAAAGUAUGUCCCUCAUUUUGACAGGCUUUGUAAUACUUUCAGUCAGCUUAAAAUACGUUUGCAGUAAUGAUCGGUGGUCCAUCGAUCAAACACAGGGUCCGAGCUGCGCAUGUCUCUGGCUCUCUCCCUGUAUCCGUCAGCCUCUCUCUCUCUCCCUCGUUCCCUCACCUCUCAGCCAGGCGGAGCUGCUCUGCUGCUGCUGCAUGCAUAGCGGAGGUUCAAGAUGGACGCCAAACGGGGUUAGUGUGGUCAUAAUCUUUUGUUUAUCCACCACCUCUCUCCUCUGUUAAACGUGCGUAUGGUUUGGUCGCAUUUGUAGUGCGGUAUUUGCAUGAGCACCGGAACUGUGCCGGAUUUAGUCCGUGGAGGGUGGGAGGAGGCGGACCAGGCCGACUGCGGAGGUCAUGCCGGGCUGUUUGACGUUUUGUACCCGCGGUAAGGUCUGGGCUGCAGGGUCGGCAUCCCGAGGUGUGUUAUGAAACGGUUCUGACCAUGAUGGAGAGAUGAGGGGGUCAGGGGGGUGAUUAUACAUAGCGAGAAGUGAAACGAGAUCAGCGGCCGGGGUUUAGCUAGCUGUGAUGCGGGCUCUAUUUUUAGCAAGUCCCCGGCGAUGCUAGCACGCCUGCUACCAUAUGUAGCCAGGCAGCCACAUUUGGACCGCGGACUCUCCUCCUCCCUCCCACCUCUUCUUCAUUUCUCAUGUUAGCUCCGUGUCUCUACAUCCAGACAAAGGCCCUCUGUCAAAAGCAGCACAGCUGCUGCUGUGUGGCUAACAGAGCUAACCCAGAAUUAGCAUGUUAAACAGUGAGAUAUUGACAACAGAGCUGACUGUCAGCUAACGUGCAAACACGCAGCCUGGCUUACAGCUGUCAACGCCCACAUUUACACAGUUGUUUGCUCAACAAGUAAGAAGCUUCCCGAAUGAAUAUAAAGCUGCUUUGCUCUCUUUAAAGAAACUUUGUGUCUAUAUUCCCUUCAGAGACCAGUGAGUGAGUGCUGCUCUGAAAUCAGUGGAAACUGUUCCUACAAUUAUUAUGUAACACAGAAGAGUGUGUUCAGAAAUAAGGACAUUUAUCUAUAAUUGACCACAGUAUUAAUACCUGGUGUUACAUAUACAUAGUAGUGACAAAUUUCAUGUAUUAAAUUGGCUUAUUUCAUGUAAUUUGAAACAGAAUAAAUCACUGACAAAAUAAAACUGUUAAAUAAUAAUAAUAACCUUAUUUGUAUAGCACUUUUAAAAAACAUAUGUUUUCAAAGCGCUUUGACAUGUUGUCGUAGACCACACCGAAAGACAAGUAAAAAUCAAAAGCUCAGUUAAAACGGAAUUGAAGCCCAUUUUCAUGUCAUAAGGAACUCGGACAAUAAGUCAAAAUUAAGUCAAUGUUUUGCAUUUAUCAGUCCAAAACUCAUGCAUACCAAAGAUGCCACGAUGUGAAAGUAGAAAUACAGAAGUACAGUUAAUUUUCACAUCUCAGACGUGAAAUCCAGCCAAAGACUGUAUAUAGAAUGGAUGCCGUCUGCCUCCUCGCUGGGUGAAGCCACUCCGAGAACAGCACCCUCUAGUGACGGGCUGCAGUAUAUGUCAUAAAUCCCUCCUCCUCCAGCAAUCCUUAUGGGGCUGCGGAGAAACUUUAGAAAUUUAUUACACAGAAUAUAAUUUUUUCUCCCCCCUGCUUGUGAUGUUUACUUGUAGUCAUUGUAAGACUGGUUUGUACUCAAGUCCUCUUUUUUUCUGUACAGCUCUAUAUUUUUAAAAGUUAUUAAGGGGUUCAUGUUUUCUAUGACUAACACUUGAUACAGCCUAUGGGCGUACAAAGAUGGCAUAGCUCACCCAAGGGAUGCACUGUUUGAGCCAAGCCUCAUCACAGCGACUCUCAGUUACUCUCCCGCUGAAUGCGUGCAAUGCUACUGUGCAAUGUGGGUUUCAGGAAAUUGAGAAAAAACGCAGAAUUACCAAGAGCUUUUCGUCUUCAAAUCUGUAUAUUGACAGAAGGCGAAACCAAGUUGUCCAUAGUAUAUAUGCAGUCUAUGAAUCCAGCUUUUGUGUGAUAAAUGACUUUAAUGGUCUAUACUCUUUUGUUAGCAGGGGCCCUAAUCUGCAGGAGGAGCAUUUUGUGUAUUUAUAUUUCUGUGCAAUGGGUGCAGGCAUAAGCUGGAUUUUGCUACCUUGCAGGAAAUCUGAUGUGCAGUUUUCCAGCCUCAUAAGCUCAUUAACUGACUGUUGAAUCAUUUUAAGGAAUACUGUGGUGAGCUGCCAGACAUAAUGUGGUCACUCAGUGAGUCAGUCUGGUGCUAAGCAACAAGGCCGCCCUCGCUCGCAGCACCUGCCGUUGUCUCCCUGUGCGAGAGAGCAUCAUUUCAUCCUGCUGCCUCAGUUUGCAUUUUAAUGCUUUUUUGCUUAUCAUUAAACACACUUUAUCUAUGUGUAUAUGCACCGAGGGAGGCGUGUGAUGUUGACCCUAGUGUAACAGUAGACACUCUAGGAGAACCUGUGAGAUUCCAGCAUGAGACACAACACUAGGGGUUAAGAACAAGUGAGAACAGCAUGUUUCAGUCGGGUGUGACGUCAGUGCUGCAGCUAGUCGUCAGACCAAGCAGAAAACCCAGGACUUCUUCACGGCUAAUAAUGUCCAGUGACCUGCCCGGAAUUCCCCGGUGAAAUAUGAGCAUGCUCAGUGCUGGACCCAGGUCAUGAGCUCAGCUGUCUUAAGCAGGGUCCGACCACCAUCCCCACCUGUCUGUCUGGGUCCGCAGAGAGCUGAAGUAACUGCCCGCAGCACCCAUAAUUCAGAACCAAAGAACAUGCAGAUCUAACUCCAGCUGCUGCUAUCGCUGAUUAACAUGCAAAAUUUCACAUGUAAAGUAGGGUAUGGACUUAAAGCACCAUAUUAAAGUUUUGACAUACAUGACACAGUUGGUGCGUUACGCCAAAAAACUCAGCCUAACCCCAGUUUUUGAUCAUACCAAUGGACCAGUAAAGUUAGUGCUACUGUUUUCUCAUCAUAAAAAUACAUAUUUUACUAUUUUUACCGAGGCCUGCCACAUGGCUGUAGGCCGUCUAAAAGCUGUUGUCUAAUCACCAGUAAAAAAACAAACACAAAAAGGAUGCUGAAAACAACCUUUGCGGGGAAACACUUGCACCAAAGAAAUUGUCGGAAACCUUUAGUUAACUGGGACUUUAAGGGAGGAAAUCAGAUGUCUAGUGAGUGAGCAGAGACAUCGAUUUUUAACAUGACACAUCGCAGUGCAGUGGUUUUGGAUGUUAAAGUGAUCUUUCCAGAAAAAAGACGAUCAUGUUAGGGGUACUCUCUAAUUGGGGGCUUUGAUACAAUCAUCUUUUCACAAUGAAAUGAUGUUGACAUCGAUCUAAUGAGGGCUGACGUUGGUUUGGUGCCAAUGGGCCCAAUUAAUUGCUUUAGUCUCUUCCUAAAACGUAGGAAAGAGGCCAUGUUUCGGUGUGCUGAAUUUGUCUGACUCCUACUCUCUAGCAACAGUAUUUAUUUUAAAGUAUUUUUCUGGGUGUUUUUUGCCUUUUAUUGAACGGAUAGGGUGAAAUGUGGAGAUAUAUAAGAGAGGGGGGAGGACAUGCAGCACCUGGUUGGGGUUGGACUUGGACCCCAACUGCUGCGGAGACUGUGGUCGCUAUACAUGGGGCGUGCGAACAUGCUCGGCCAUCUGUGUGCCCCAUAGACAUCAACAGUUUGAACUGGUCUUGUUGCUGAUGUUUGCUUUUGUAUGUCACAGAGAAACAUCCGUAUGAAUCUAUUAAAACUCCAAAGAACAAUUUCAAGAUAAUUUUUUGAACUAAUUGAGCUGUAGGAAACGUAAUCUACUAUGCCAGUGGUUCUCAAGUCCAGUCCUCGAGGCCCACUGUCCUGCAUGUUUUGGAUGUUUCCCUGCUCCAACACACCUGAUUCAAAUGAUCAGUUCGUUAUCAAGCUCUGUAAUGGCUUAAUAACGAGCUGAUCAUUUGAAUCAGGUGUGUUGGAGCAGAGAAACAUCAAAACAUGUAGGACAGUGGGCCUCCAGGACUGGACUGGAGAACCGCUGUAUUAUGCUAUUCAAUUUUAGCCUUUCUUUAUCGUUCUAGCAUAAGCUCAGGGUACAACCACAUAUUCUCUUUUGUUAGAUUAACAGCUCAAAACCCAAAGUCUUAGGCAGCUACCCUGCAAACAAUAAAUGAACGUCUGUUGUUCUGUUAAAAUGGUCUCGUGAGAAUUAGCUGAGCUCUGUUCUUUUCCUUAAACCAGCAGCCAACUUUGUCAUUUUUUUGGUGCAGUUUUUAAAGUAAUGGACGUCCAGGUCACAGACUGUGACCCGCAAUAUGGCCGCUGGUGCUGGCGUGACAUCACUCUGAAUUCUCCCUUGUCUCUGCACUUUUCACCCUGAUGCCACAAUGAAGUUUAUGAGUCAGAAUCUGCUCUGAGUUUCCUCUUGUGGGGGGAUUGAAACUGUAUGAGUCUCAUAGUGUGGGACAUAUAACCCCCACUCAGAGAUGCGGCAGAGAGAGUUCAUAGAUGGAGAUAAUGCUGUUUCAAUCACAUGCACCCAACAUGUGAUGGUCUGAUGAGAACUGAAGCACAAAGUUUGACUUUAAUUACGCUUUGGUGAAGAGCAGAUCUUCCCUGAGGGCACUUGAACUUAGCACUGAUUUGUUUUGCUGUAGUGCAAAAACAGAAUUCCUCAUUUUAUUUCCUCUCUCAGCAAGUGUCUUUCCCUCCUCUCCCACAGUAACCUCAUAGAUUCCUGCUCUUAUCUUGUUUCGCUCAAUAACACCAAACAUCAAUCUCUAUGAAUUCAAGUUGCUGACUCUAGUAUGAAAUCACUCCCUUAAAGCAGCAAAAAGAUUUUUAAAAAAUAAAAUCUUGUUGAGAUGCUUUUGUUGAGUCUUGUUUAAAGGAAACCUGCAGAUGUAAAUCAUUAAGAAUAAAAAAAAAAUCAGGAUUAGCAGCAAAAGGGGUCAAAUUUUAAGACUGGAGUGCAAAUAAAUACAAUUUUUAAUACUUGCUUAAUGAACCAGAAAGAAUUUCAAUCAUUUCAAAAUAAUACCUUCAUUUAAGAACAUUCAUCCUCUUAUUUUUGCCAAACCUAAUGUGAAGUUAAGUAUCAUUGCUUACUCUACAGUCUAUUUGGAUGGUUGAAAUGAACUGUCUCUCUUCCUCCUGCAGUGGUGGAUCUCCUCUACUGGCGAGAUGUGAAGGCCACAGGCGUGGUGUUCGGUGCCGCCCUGCUGCUGCUCCUUUCUCUGAUGGUAUGCAGCAUCGUAAGCGUCUCUUCCUACAUCGGCCUGGCUCUGCUCUCAGUCACCAUCUGCUUCAGGAUAUACAAAGGCAUCCUGCAGGCCAUCCAGAAGUCAGAUGAGGGACAUCCAUUCAAGUAGGUACCAAAGAGUAACAGGAGAUGAAUUCUCCAGGGUCACGAAGACACCACGAGCCAUAGACCAGUGGUCCUCUGAAGUUUUCUCAAAAACAAACAUCCGUAACUGCUCCGACUACAGCACAGGAUAAUGGUUGAGCCUCGUAUCAACAGCAAACCCAUUACCUGAUAUUUAUUUGUCCCUAGAAUGCAAAGCUGAUCCUGCAAAUGUCGCAGAGGAACAAAUAUAAACUUGAAUUUGAUCUUUUUUUCUGCAGGAGCCGACAUCUUAAAGUAUUAAAUAUUCCUUUUGAAAGAUUCACACUUGAUAUUACCUGUUAGAUAGUAAAGGCUCUAUAAAGAAAACAUCAAAGGUACCCUUCUGCUCGUCUGAUUUUGAUGGGAAUUUAAGUCGACCACAAAAGCCAGUGACCCGAUUAAUCCUCAUUAUCAGUCAGGGCUGCAGGCAGUCUGGUCUCUCUGCUCAUGUUUUUAUAUAUGUCACAUCUAGAUCACACAGUCUCAUCUAAAAAUAACCCUUCUACCAACUCUGCGAGCCAUGAAUGGUGGACACGACACAACACAGACACAUAACAUCUAUGAGCGUUUGAAAGAGGAAAAUUAAGAGCACUUAAAUUCGCAGCCUGCUAGUUUCACGUCUUGUUUUUACUUCAUCCUCCUUCCUGGCUGUCGUACAAAACCCUCUUAUGGUGUGUUUUAUUUAUUUUUUUCACCUGCAGGUUUCAGAAGUGACCUCACAGCACAUUAAAGGUCAAUUAACUCAGAUUAACAUAAGCUCGGAAAAAGAGAGCUCAGAGAGUCACAUUUCAAGCUGAUUUCUACAGAUUUCACGGUCUCUAAACCUCAGAGAGGAUCAGAAAAAAACUCUGUUCAGAAGUCUCAUUUUCCUCAAGCUUGACGGAGGUAUUUCUACGGCAAUUUAUAGCGUUAGAUUCUGCCUCAAUGCAAAGACCUGUGAAGUUACAGCUGUUUUUCUGCGGUAUUUUGCAUGUAUCUUAAGUGUGGUGGAUGGAUUUCAUCCUAAGCAGAAAAGCUCAACAAGGCCUGGUCUUUGGUCCUGGACUUUGUGGUUUUUCUAAUGGAAUGAAUGAGAAAAAUGAGGAGGAAAUGAGAGAAAAAAAACAAACUCUUGUACGUCUUAAAUAUGGAGGUUAAAUAAAACUUUUGUGGGCCAAUCAAACAAAACAAAACAAAAAAACAGCUCUACAACUCCAGCGUUUCUAGGGUUGGGAAUCACUAGUGGCCCAACCAUACGAUAUUAUCACGAUACUUGGGCCACAAUACGAUAUUAUUGUGAUUUUUAACAUUUUGCAAUACAGUGAGUAUUGCGCUACAAUAUAUUGCAAUUUAUACAAUUUUUUCAACUGUUAAGCUAAUUUAGCAUUUGCCUUUCCUUUAUGUUUGUCUUCUUUACACAGAAUUUUGUUUUCAUGUAGCACAUCUUGCAAACCUAAUACAUAAAUUUGUUGUACUAACUUUCUCCUGCUCUAUGAUGUCACCUCUGCCAACCUCAUUGAACAAACAGUUGAUUUUAUUUUUCUGUUAUCAUAGAUUUGACUUCAUAUUAUCAAUUAAUUUGAAAAAUCGAUACUUGGUCAGUGAGACGAUUCGAUAUAUCACCAGACAAAAUAUCGUGAUACUAUGCUGUAUUGAUUUUUCCACCUCUAAGAGUUUCUGCAUGUUUCGAAAUACUACCUCCUAGGCAGGGACAAUUUAGGGAGCCCCAGGCUCUACAUAACUAAAGAUCCUGGUGUAGUGAUAGUGCAGAGUUCUUCUUCAGGUUUCUAGAAACAGUACCUGCACAAAGAGCACAUGUUCAUGAUAUGACACAGAACUUAAACGGGAGGUCUUAAUGUGCUUAAAAAUCAUUUUAUAAAAUAUUUGGUUGUGAUGGUUUUUUUUGAGAGUACAGCCUUUUUUAUUUUUAUUUUAGAUGUUUUCUAUUCACACACUUGUCUUAUCAUCAUCUCUGCUGUCCCUCUCAGGCAGUUCCUGGACCAGGAGGUAGCACUUUCUGAGGAUAUGGUCCACAAGUACAGCGACAUGGUUCUGGCCAAACUCAACAAGACCAUCAGUGAAUUGCGGCGCCUGUUCCUGGUAGAGGACCUGGUCGACUCCAUCAAGGUGACAACAACCGCUCUUCACAUAAUUCAGACACCAUCAUUUAAACCUGAAAAACUCUGCCACUAAGAUAAACAGCUCCUAGGUGUCAAACCUAACCCAGCAGUGAAAUGGACUGGUAAACUUAACUGAGUAAAGUCACAUUGUUAUGUUUAAGAGACCCCUGUGAAAUCCAAAAGGUUCGAGUAAGAACAAAGAAGAGAGAUCCUGUGAGAGUUUAGUUACGACUGAAAAGGCUUUAGGAUUCUUUGAAAUAUUCAAGAGGACUUUUUUUUUUUUUUUUUUUUUUGUCGGCCUGAUACCAACAGGAGGUUUAGGAUGAUGUGUUCACAGCAGGCAACAACACCUUCAUCAAAUCACCAAGUAAGGGAAAAAGUCAGGAAGAAUGACGCUUCAGGAAACUUGUGGAAGAGGAACAUCUAAGCUGAUUUGUUCCAGCAUGACAUGAAUCAGGAUUUUUGAGCUCAUUUUUAAUAAGAUUUAGCUGACCAGUGAGCCCCAGAGGAACUAAGUCUGGGCCAGUUUUGAUUUUGAAACAUAAACUAAUAAAACUAUCAGUGUGUGGUCUGAGAAGAGCCUGGUUUCAGGUGUAGAGGUUCAGUCACAUUCUCCUCAAGACAAAAAAAAAAGAGCUACAUUUGAGACCGACAAUGACUGAAGAUGAUGUCUCAGGUUUGUUUCCAGAAGAGCAUACCUUUAUAUAAAACAGCUUUAACUUUGGUAGAAAUAUACCUUUAAGUUAGUGAAGUCUGACAGUGAUCAGUCAACAGCCUUCUACCCACCUCCUGGUACACAUUGUAGUGAAACUUAAAACUCAACUCAAAGCCUGGAAUGGAAAUAAAUUUGAUCAAAUUCCAGGUCUUAAAAAGUAUGAAAAGAGAAAAAUAAAGUGGAAAAAUAUUUGUUUCCAGACUCUUACCACAGCUCUAAAAUACUGUUUUCGAAAAUAGCAAAGUAGGAAUUUCCAAAAAUAAUUUCAAAAAGUAGGGUAUGGAAAUUCCAACUGUGUAGGAACCCUGAUCUUGUGUUUUUUCACACAUACAAACAAUACCUGGGCAGACUGCCUUGCUGAGACACAGAUCAUUUUCACCAUUUUUUUCCCGUCCAAUUAAGAUUAACAUCUGCAUUCAAUGAUCUGGUUGAUAUACUGUCGAUUUCAGUCGCUGUUCUAUCCCUUGUGUUAGGUGGAGCUACUUGCUGCUAAUGCCAUUCUGUACAAUCAGAGUUAUGGAUUGUGAUAAAACACUACAUCAUUCACAAGUCUUGUUCAAACCUGGUUCAACUAUAAGAACGCGUAUUGUCAUUUCAGGUCUAUGUUACGUUCAGAAAAGACAAAUGGUUUGAGGUGGGGUGAGACUGAGUGUGUGUUUUUUAUGCAUGUGUGGAUAAUAGAAGUGAAAGGCUAUGAGGUGAGCAGAUACAUAUGUAAACACAAGCUUAGAUUGUUCAGAAAAAAAGACUGAAUAUAUAGAUUACCCAAAUACAACAUUACGUAACAGAAAAAAGGUGAGGGAUUGAAGUUCCCUCCCCUCUCAAGCUCUCUCCCACCCCCACAGGUCCACUCAGUGUGUGUUUUUGCAUAUUUAAGGGAGUCAAACACUGCAGUCCCUGUCCUUUAUGACGUGAAGUGGCCUGUUUAACUCAGAGAAGUGUGUGUGUGUGUGUUUGCUUACCUGCCUAUACUCAAACAGAAUACCUCAGUACACCACUGUGUCUCAGAUAACAGCUGGUUGGGACAUUAUAUAUUGACCACAUAUUUUUUUAAUAGUUUAGGAAACUCCACUAAUGAUGAUUUCUUUCUUUACAGCUGCCUUAGUUUUGCGAUUUGUGGGCGUUUAAAAUGUCAUGAUGUUUGGUUAAUUCUCACUCUGGGCUUCUAACCCUAGUAUGUGGUAUUUUUAGCCCUGACGAAGUGUUGGAGAACUGAUGUCACUUUAAAUACAGUCUAGAUAAAAAAAGAAACAAAAAAAAAACCUCUGGCAACUAAAGCUUGUCAGACUCCUUUCAAAGGGAAACGUGUUUGUUGAACCCGAGAGGCGGUUGUUUCUCAGGAUCUGUAGGAUCGUCUACCUCCUGAUCCCACUGGUGGUCAGAGGCCGUCAGAGACCAGGUUUUGAAGAUUCACUGUGUUUAUCAGCAGAGCCUAAACAGUGUUGACAUGUCUACAAUCAGUGAUGGUACCCACCCUUCACUCCAGAUACACUAAGAGUCUGUCAGGCUGAGGCCUGUCGUCACUUUCACGCUCAUGGUCUCCAGCCUGCAGUCCAAAUACAGAUCUGCACUUACUCCAUCAGCGAGUGGGCGCACUGCAGAGAGAAAAUCCCUAAGAGGGUAAAAAGUCUGAUGCUUCUAAUCGGAUCAGGAACAAAUUUGAGCCUCGGGAAUGUUUAAAAAUCUCUCCGCAGAUUACGAGCCCGCGUGUCUGGGAGUAUCAUAAAAAUAUUUCCCUUUAUUCCCCUGCCGCUGAUUAAUUUCCUGUUCAGUGCCAGUGGUGAAUAUUUACCGCCACACCAGCAGCUCAUUAAAAUGUCUCACACAUUUAAUCACACGCCUCCAGUCGGAAAUCUCACUGUUUAACUGCGCCGGGUCUUUAUACCAGCAGCAGUGUUAGCUCCGGUUGUUUACAUGUUCAUAAGCAACAAGAGGAGAAAUCUGUCAAGUUCUGUUACAACACUUUAAACGUUCAUAUUAAGGCAGCCGCAGGGUCACACAGUCUAAUGAUCCUCCGCAUCCUCUCGGCUGCAGAAUAGAUUAAACCAGGGGUAAACCAGUCGAAGGUGAUUGGUUGUGAAACCUAAAAGAUAUUUGAUAUUAUAAGGAGGCUAAAUCGAACCAUGUGAUGAACUGAUUUUCUUCUGUAAGCUCAAAAAGACUAAGCAGUUACAAACUGGGCAUGUAUGAUUGUCAUGUUGUAAUAUUACUCAGUUGUAAGGCCUCAGAUGUCAUUGAUAACAUCUAAAACUAAACUUGAAUGUCCUUCUGUCUGCAGUUUGCUGUGUUGAUGUGGAUCCUGACCUAUGUUGGUGCCCUGUUCAACGGGCUCACUCUUCUUAUUCUGGGUGAGGAAACAUGACUUUUAUAAUGUCUUACGAUGUAAACGUUGUCAUUCUUGUAUUUAGGGCGUACAUUUUAAUGCAGAGGAUGUUUGUUUCUUACUGUAGCUCCAUCUAGUGGUGAUGUGAAUCCUCCAGAAAGUGAUAUUUGUUUAAAAAAAACUUCAUUUCUGUAGUUUUCUGUUUAGAACUGAGAUAAACAAGAAACACUAGGCAGUGAAACUAAAGUAAACAAACUUCUUCUUCUUCUUCUCCUCCUCAGCUCUGAUUGCGGCAUUCAGCUGCCCGAUCAUCUACGAAAAGCACCAGGUAAGAACCCUCAAACUUUCAGCAGGGAUUUAACUUCAACUCUAGAGAUGAGGAAUGCUUCAUCACCCCCUGUUAGAAGGUCUCUGACUGCGGAGUGUCUAAUAGGACUUGCUUUUAAAAUGAGGUCCCUGAGGUUGUUUUUAUCUCGGAUGUAACUGCCUCAUAAUAUGCAACUCUGUCAAUAAUAGUGGGAACAUCGCCCUUUUAAAGAGAAAUGAUGUAAGCUUGAAAUGAGAGGUCAGCGCACAGUAAUAACAGAGGGCUGGUGACUCAGCAUGAAGAAGGUGCAGCGGUGGAAUGUAAAUCUAUUUAAACACUACACUGCUGUAAGAUUGUGAGGUAUUUGGACCUGACUUCACCACUGCAGUUAAUGCUUCUGCGCUUGUACUCAGUGGUGCAGUGUGCCGAAAUGGGAAUAUUUAGCAGUCAGGUUCUUAAUCAAAACACUCCCCCCGCUCAUCCCUCCUGUCAGUGGGGUGACAGCAGCCUUCAAGGACAGAAAGCUCCAGUAACGUGUGAUCAAUAUGUCACUCUAUUUUUUUAAGUAGAGUGAACAACAACUACUCAGAACAACAACUACUCUCCUCUUCUUUUUUUUAUCUCUAGGAGGUUCAUUCAUGAUGCACAAAGUACACCUGUGUGUUUAGUUACAGGCUUUCUGCUGGGUCUUCAAAAGUCUUGAAUUGUCUAAAAUCCAAUAAUGAGAAUUUAAGGCCUUCAAAUGUCUAACAUUCUCUAAAAACCUCACAAAACGACUUAAAUACAUAUUUGAAAGGUCUUAAAAAUGUAUUUAUGUUCCUUACAAAUAUAGAUUGAUUUGAAGUUAGUUUAAAAUGUUCUGAUUUCCCUUCAUGUAUUAAAUUUGACUUGUUGAAACCUGCAGAAACCCUGUAGUUAGUUUGUUCUGUGCUGCUGUAAAAAUACAGUCUGUUCUGUUAGAUGCUGCUCUUUAUACUUUUUUCUGUACCUUUGACUUCUAAAUGUUAAAGCAGAAAAUCUCCAACACACGCUUCAAGAAUGAACCAACCUUUCCUGGUUUCUUGUGAAUCCAAACAAAAAUCCUUGAGGAGUUGUCAGCAGUUGGAAACUUCUUAAAUGGUUUCAUUUUAAUAUCUGUCCAAAUCACCACCUGGUGCUGCCACACUAGUCCUUAUUUCAUGGAGCAUCUUUUAGAUUGAUAAUUCGAUCAGUGAAGUUUGAUUUGGGUUGACUUUUAACCAAACAAAUAAUAUAAGGAAGCGUUAAUGGUCCAAAGCCAAUAAUAGUCAUAGAACUACUUCUUAUUCCCUGCGAUCAUUUUCAUGACCAUUUACUUUGACUGGAAGAAGUGACCAGAUGUCUUGAAUGACACAUUUACUUAAGUUGAUGUCUGGUGUCGGUCCACCCUGAAGACUGACUUCUGUCGAUCCUGACACAUCCUCUCUGUGUGUCUUUUUUUUUCAGACUCAGAUCGAUCACUACGUGGCUCUGGUCAACAACCAGGUGAAAGACGUCGUUGGAAAGUGAGUUGGCAGUUUUCUUCUGAAUCUUUUUUUUAAAGGGAAAAUGUCUGAACGUCAUUGUUUUUUUUUUCUGUUAAUCAGAAGUACAUCAUGUUAAAAAGAAUAGAGUAUUUGUGAUAUUUGCAAACUGAAAAUAAAUACUUUUUAAUACAUUACAUAUUUACUGAAUAAUGUAACACUCAUCCCAGAAUGACGCUGCAGGAAGAUUUGACUCAGUUCUUCAUCAAUCCACUAAAAAAAUAACUGACAGGAAACAUGAGAGGAGGCUUUUCAGACUGAAUGAGUCUGACCCUCAAUUUCCACCGCAUUCGGAACGGCUACGAAAAGACAUACACUGUCCUGCAUGUUUUGGAUGUUUCCCUGCUCCAACACACCUGAUUCAAAUAAUCAGCUCGUAAUUAAGCCAUUACAGAGUUUGAUAACUAGCUGAUCAUUUGAAUCAGGUGUGUUGGAGCAGGGAAACAUCCAAAACAUGCAGGACAGUGGGCCUCGAGGACUGGACUUGAGAACCACUGGAUUAGAGGAUGCUGAUUUUAUAAGUCGAAAAGUAGAUUUCCUCCUCUGGAAGGACACAAUCUACUGCUUAUAUAGUUAGCCUAUGUGGGUAAAUAGAACUUGUUUCCGUAAUCUGCCACGAAAUUCGCCUCACAAAUGGAUCUUGUAGAUAUGGGCGUACAGCGAAAAUCGCCGUUCUGGAUGCGGUGGAAAUCCUGGGUGAGGGAUGCAUUUUAAGAGAAGGAAAAAAUAUGAAUCUUGCAAAGAAAAAGGGUUAUAGGAGAGUUUUCUUUGAAUGAAAUGAUCAAAAAAAAUACUUUUUGGUCUUUCAGGCUUUGCCCCUUACACUCUUAAUUUCUCUGUUCAUAAAGUGUUUCUUUGCUUUUUGUCCAUUUCAAUCCCUGAUCCUCUUGUCUCCCUGCAGGAUCCAGGCGAAGGUGCCCGGGAUGAAACGUAAAACAGAGUGAAGGAACGAUAAGUCGGAGUUUGGAUUCAGGAAGUCCUGAGAGAGAGGUGGUUGGAUGGUUGGAAUAGAGGAGAGGGGAAAAGGGAAAAGGGUGUACGGGUGAGGGAGGGGAGGGUGGAUAUGAAGGAAGGCAGGAGGAGGAGAGGAGGGGUCUGGCGUGGACGCAGCCCUUCUUACUUUAUUUGUCAAAAUAAUAAAAUCCUUUUUUUCCAGUUCAGAAUUCCUUUUUGUUUUUUUUCUUUGUGUUUUCUGGAAAAGUUGACAACAGUCAGAGUUCAGUGGAGACGCCCAGGUCAGCUUCAUGCUUUGUAUUUUUGAUCAGGUUCGGAAAUGUUUGUUUCUGUGUGUCUCUUAAACUCACAGAAAUACAUUUUAAACCUGAGCUUUAACCCUUCUCUCCCCCCACCCAGUGCAUUGUGGGAGGUUAGUGUCUCCUUCAGGUUAUUUUUGAGUUUUUAUUCUUCCCUGCCCUCAGUUGAGUCGAGUGGAGAGUUUUUUCUUCGUCUGCUGUUUUUGAGAAGACGAGAGCGAGCAGCACCUCAUUUGUAUUUUUCUUAUUUUGGUAUGAUGACUGAGUUACAAGUAUUUUGUGAUUUUACUGUCGUGUCCCUAAAGCUUUCAGCUCGUUUCCUCAGUAACCUUCUGCGUGAUUUCGCCUCGAUGUGACGAACGACGAAUUCGCGAACGACGUCUUUGACUCCUGAUGAGGCAGCGGGGGUGGGGUGGGUGGGGGCUUGUACUACCAUAUAAAACUUUCAUUGCUUCUGAGUAACUCUAGCUAGAAACAUCUAGAAAACCUUUGCCAGACAAAUAAAAACUCAUUAAUUACAUACAAGUUGUUAUUUCCAUGUCAUUGCAGCUGUCUAGUAAUGAAAAACUCUGGAAGGAACACGUUUACAUUCAUCCACAUCAGAUAAAAUAUAUAAAAAGAGAAAAAAAAAUGAAAUGGGAUUUAAAGAAAAAUAAAUAACCAUGCUGUCUGUGAAGCCAAUAUCUUAAUAAAGUUGCAACUUGAUGUGACUUUGGGAAACCUUUGAGCAUUUGUUUGUUAUGCAAGUAUAAUUGUGAAUGAUAAACUUCAUACUUCAAUUGUGACGAUAAAAAGCUUCCAGCUGGGAGCCGUGUUUGUGGAAUGCAUUGUGAGAUGUGAACAAUUAUCAAUAAAGCUUCUAGACGAAGAAAG